AUGAAUGUCCUGUAUCCUGUAGUAACCCGGAGCCUCUCAGCAACCAGAGCCGACAGUGUGGGAGAUAAGGAUCUCCUGCACACAUCAUGGGCUGAGGCUGACAGGCUGAAGGCAGGAGACCGAGCAGGAGGAUCUACUGAUUUCAAACAGUAAGUAAACUUAUCUUAAAAAUUGAGAGUGAGUGUGUGCAUAAGAGAGUAUGAGUGUGAGUGUGACAGAGUGUGAGAGAGAGUGAGAGAGUGAGUGUGAGAGAGUGAAAGAGUGAGUGUGUGAGAGAGUGAGUGUGUGAGAGAGAGUGUGAGAAAGUGAGGGAGAGUAAGGGAGAGAGUGUGAGAGAGAGUGAGGGAGGGAGGGAGGGAGAGAGUGAGUGUGAGUGAGAGAGUGUGAGAGAGUGAGUUUGAGUAAGAGAGUGUGAGUGAGUGAGAAAGUGUGAGUGAGAGAGUGAGUGUAGAUAGAAGUAGAUAGAAAUAGAUAGAAAGCAAUAGAUAGAGAUAGAUAGAUCAAUAGAGCCGGCCUUAGACCUUUAGGCGCCCUGUGCGAAACAUCUUCGCAGCACCCCCCUAUGCCCUGUCAUCUCUGUAUAGUGUGUGUAUAGAAGUGUAGUGAUUGUAUAGGGGAUUUAUUAAAUUAAUAAUGAUUUAAAAAUAAAUAUUCAUUACACACAUACACACAGAGUUACAGGCAGACAGUCACACACACACACAGUUACAGGCAGACAAUUACAAAUACAUACAGGUACAGAUGGACAGUCACGUACAUACAUUUACACACACACAGUGUAACACACACACCGUUACAUGCAGACAGCCACACACAAACAGGCAGACAGUCACACACACGCACACACACACAGGCAGACAGCCACACACACACACACACACAGAGGCAGACAGUCACACACACAGAGGCAGACAGUCACACACACACAUCCAGACAGUCACAAACAGGCAGACAGUUACAUAUAGUUACCUCUAUUCAUUAUGCAGCUCCUGGAUUCUGGUUGUUGGGGAAGCAGGGACUCCUUCCUGCUUCCCAUGCAGAAAUUACCCGGCACUUCUAGCCCCACCCCCACCGUAAUUUAGCCCCGUCUCGCCACGUGCUAAGCCCCGCCGCAAUGUUUUUUUUGUUUUUUUUUCCCGGGUGGAGAAUAAUGAAAUCCUCCAUCCAGGUAGCCGGCAAUGUGUGAGCAGUGUCGGCCGCAGGGCGCCCCCUGCUCCAUGGCGCCCUGUGCGGCUGCACAGCUCGCACACCCCUAAGGCCGGCCUUGUAUAUAGAAAUAGAUAGAUAGAUAGAAAUAUAGAUAGAUAGAUAGAUAGAUAGAUAGAGAUUAGACAUGUGCAAUUUGUUUUUCCAAAUGUAAAUUUUGUUUACCUUCAUUUAUUGAUAUAUUUUUUUUGACAUGUGUAUCCUACCAGCUCGUUAGUAAAAAAAAAAAAAGCAUUCAAAGAGGCAGUAUCCAUUCCACACCCAGUACUUUAUAAUAUAAAAUUAUGUUUUUCUGAACAAAAUUGCAUAUUUCUUGCUCUUAAUUUGUUGAAUUAAUCUAAAGAAAUAGUGUGCUGAGUUGAGUAAUAGUUUGCCAACUCCUCGUCGAUGUGUUCUGGGUGAAACAGCUCCGAACUCGCUUGAAAUAUGAUAUUUGGCUCCCUAAUAUGGACAACUCACCGAGGUGGCAUAACUGAGCCAUUGCCGUGGACUUUUUCAGUCUUUUUCCGACUUGGAUCUCUUUUUCUUUGAUGACGGCAGCUAGCAGCACACAGUUUUCAGUGUUGCUGAAAGGGGGGCCACGUGAUCUUUCACCAAGGGGGGCCUCCUCAAAUGAGGAGUCUGCACUACCAGAAGUAGUCAAUAUUAGGGCCCGUUUUCUCCCAGGCAAAAUCCUCCCUGUGACGAAGUGCCCUUCGCCACUUGUGCCUGGAGAGGACUGCUUGCCCGCCUCUUGCCCUGUGACUAUGGCCCCUGGGAUGUAUUGCCCUUUAAAGACAUGAUUUGGGCAUAAUGGAUUUGUGUUGUACUGCUGCUGGCCCUUUAAGAACCAUCUGGGGACAUACUGUGGAGUUACUGGGUGGCCACCAUUUCCUGUAUCAGAAGCACAUGGUGAGAACAAUGGAUGGCGGCCAUUUUAACUCACAGACACUGUUUGGACUUUUCAACACGGUGCCAUCUCGCCAGUAUUUGGUGCACAGAGACAUCGUGCAGUGGUUUUGGACUAUACAGCAGGGGACACAUUAUAAAGUGAUUGUUUUUCAUUUAGCCUGUAUAUGUUCUGCAGAAUCUGCAUUAAACUGUAUUUUCCAAAGUACUGAACGGAUCUGGGUGAAUUUUGGAUAUGUGGUUCACCCAGAUCCCCCGGUUCCAAGGAUAUACUUUUAUGGGGUUAUUGCAUGUUUUGGGGUCCCUGUGUGUUUUAUGAAACUGUAUUAUUUCUGGCCAGCAGAUAAUUGAGCUUUGUGUAUUGUAGAAACUCAAUUAUCUAGCCUGGCCCAGAGGAGGAGUUUUGUGUUGCAUAAAUUGUGAGUUCUGUGUGCCAGUAAAUCAGUCUUGUUCCAGCAUUAAGCCUUGGCUCAUGUUUGGGGGAUUGGAGAAAUACACUCUGGGGAUUGCUAUAAUCACUAUACUCCCCAGGGUAUGAUCACUAAGUUCUGCUAAGAGCUUGUUCCUGCUCUCUGGGGAAAGAGAGGUUCACCCACUGGAAGCUGGAUCCUGGCCUUGGGUCCAGGGUGGGUGGAGACAGCAGAGACCCCAGCGCAGUUGCAUCGCUGGAAGUGGGGUCUGCAGUGCUGAUGGUGUCGGUUGGAGUGCCAGUCCUCGGCAAGCGCUAGGAGCAUCGAUUGGCGGAGGAACUCAGUCGGAGUGCCAGCGUUCCGUCACACUCCCCAACUCACUUCAUCUACCCUCAUCCCUGGGAGCCUCUUUCCCACCACCCUGCCUGGGCAAAUCCUCCCCAACCCCCCACUUCCCUGCCCCUAGAACGCUUAGCUUCCCUCUCACUACCCUCGCUGCCCCUAGAACGCCUAUCUUCCCUCGCACCACCCUCCCUGCCCAUAAAAUGCUUAGCUUCCCUUGCACCACCCUCUCUGCCCCUAGAACGCUUUGCUUCCCUCGCACCACACUGCCUGCCCCUAUAACGCUUAGCUUCCCUCGCACCACCCUCCCUGCCCCUAGAACACCUACGUUACCUACCACCACACUCCCCGAGCAAAUCCCACACAACUACCCCACAACCACCACUCUCCCCAGGGGACACUACACUGCUCUCUCUACCAGUCACAACUACCCCACUACCUGUGUGUGUUACCCUGUGUGUCUGUAACAAGGUAAAACAUUCAAGGGUAUGUAAACUUUUGAUCAGAGCCAUUUGGGUGAUUUCUUUUAUCAUAAUGAUUUAAAAGGGAGCCAAAUAACUGUGUGAUAAUAAAUGGCUUCGUAUGAUCACUAUCCUUGAAUGGUCAGUCAUAUUUUCAAAAACACUGCUGAAAUUUCACAAUUUCUGCCAGGGUAUGCAAAAUUGUGAGCACAACUGUACAAUAAUGAGAAGUAUUUUUUUUUUAAUUGGGGAGGUGUGGCAACGGUGGCUCAUGGUGCUGCAUUUAUAAAGAUUUGAGCAUUAGGACAGCAUUAUAAUGAGGCCGAAACCUAUCAAGUUGUGAUUGUAUCCAGAUUGUUUCUCUAAUUGAGUUGCUUCAGACCACAUGAGCAAAUAUAUUGAAUAUAGCAAGGUUGGUUUGUACUAUACCAAAUAUUAACAAUGAGAGUUGUAUUACAACAACAGCUGUCAUUGUAAUGGUUUCUUUCCUCUGCCAAGAAAACAGUGUAUCAGGUUAAUAAAUCUUCUAGCAUUGUAAAAAUCUCAAUCAUGAUGGAAAAUUAUUUCGUGGAAAAUAAUAUUUCCAGUAUACUGUAGUUCUCAUUACAAAGUUACACAGAAACAGAGAGUUCAACUAUUAAGAAACAAAAUAUUCUAUGAAAAAAAAGAGUAAAUAUUUCUAAUUUCUUGCACAAAUGGGUAACUCGGAGUCUGUUGAGGUAUGUUAGCAUGUGCUACAGUGCACUCUGGUGGUAUUAAAUUAUAUCCUUUUUUAAAUUUGCUUUCUUAGUAGCUGUAAUAGAAGUAAAAGAAAAAAUGGUCAUACAAUGACAAAUGUGUUUUAGUAAAUAUAUAAUUUCUUUUCUUUUUUAAAACUCCAUGAUUCAGGCUUAAGUUUGAGAAUUAAAAAAUAUAUGAUCUGUUGAGUUCUCUUUCUUUGCUGUUGUAGGGCUGUUGGUCUCUUCCCCGGAGACUGGAUCUCCUGCAUGUUGUUGACAGAGACCAGUGGUGCUCAGCCCUGGUGCCAGCUCUUCUGCUGGGAUUACAAUCUGCACCUGUGGAGGGAGGCUGACUGCUUCUACCUUCUCUUACUGGUUUGAAAUUGGAUGCAAGGGAGGGAGACGAAGUACCUCUACUCCCUUGGUUCCACUCUGCUGCUCCCUGGGAUCCACUUGUGUUGCCAGCUACUGCUGUGGAGAGAGGCCAACUACCUCUAGCUGAUUUUGCAUGGUUGCCAUCUCCCGCUGGGGAUGGAGGCCGACUACCUUCACUCCCUGUAGCCAAAUCUGUCGCUGGAGAGAGAGUUUGACUACCUCCCCUUCCUUGGCUGUGAUUUGUCACCUGCAAGGGAGGCCAACAACCUCAAAUGUAAAGUCCAGGGGAAGGGCAGAGGUUAGCGGUGCACUGCCCUAGGACUCACUCUUUUGCUAAGCUAACUGCAUCUGAUGCCUCGUGCUCUUGGGCUACCGGUGGGUUUGGCCAGAGGCCAGCGGUGCUCUGCUUUGAUGUCAGCUCUUCUGCUGAAGGAGUGUCACCUGCAUUUUCUCCCUAGAUCUUAUCCAGAAACUCCUUACUCUCCAUCUCUAACCUCCAUUUUUCAGCCAUGAGUUCCAUCAGUUCACCCUAGCCAUCUGAAAUAUGUGCAAUACCCAACUCCUCUAUUCAUCUGCACUGUAUCUCCCAGACCUGGACAUUGUUUUCAGCCCUGUAGUUUUCAUCAUAUUGUAUGGAAUACCACAAGGCUCCAGGGUCACUGUAGACACUGUGGGAAGUAGACCUCAGGCUCACUACAGUAUUCAUGCCAUGCUCUGGAAUGUAAGGCUCCAUAAUGGUCCUCCAGAUAUAUUACAUCCUGAAUCCAGCUAUCCAGCCACUUAAUAUCCUGCAGGGUAGGCUGAGGUCUUAAGAUGAAGGGAUUCCAUAGCUCUCUCUCCUGGUUAGGCUAUGACUCUAUUUCUUUAGUUAGCUCUGCCUCUGCUCAUGUAUGGCUGACCAGGCAGGUCCACUUCUCUUCAUGAGCACAUCAUUCUAGAUCAAUUGCAGCACCUUUGCCGAUGGAUUGUCUUUGAGGAAAGCAAUCCCUCUGAAACGCUCAUCUGGAACUACUCCUCGGAAGAGGACUCUGCACAGGUGUUAGCUCUGUCCAUCUCCCUGAGUUCCAAAAGAUCCUGGUGGUUUCUUGAUUGUUUCCCCAAUAGCUAGGAAGCCAUCCACUGCCACCAAAUGUGUGUAAGUCCACCAAGUCCGCUUCCCUGGAAACCCUGGAAACCCUGGAAAUCUUCAGUCCCAAUGGUCAAAGCUUCAUUGGGGUUUCUCAGAAACUCUUCCACCCAACAGGCUGCAGCUCUCUUCUUCUAGGCAGGUAUCAUCCCCUCUGCCCUUGGCUCUUCAGCUACAUUCCAAGGCAGGUAUACACACCUCUACCUAGGCUGUAAUUAGCUACUGCCUUUACAAAGGUACUUGUAUCUCUCCAGUUUAGCUCUCUUUUUAACUUGUUCCAGGAUACAGGGACCAAGCAACCAGCCAACAAGUCAAAAUACUCUGUUACUGGGAUCCCUGAAUAAAUCAACCAGAGGAUACAGUUUCAAAAUGAACAAUACAAAGCUUUAUGUUUACUUGGGACCAGCCCAUGUGCUCAUUACAUCAAACUUGCUGUGACAAACUCAAUAUAAUACAAAUAACCAAAUCAUAUCAGAAAACAUACAGGAACUUAUAACAACAUAUUUAUAAAAGGACGGGGAAGACAAUAAUAACACAAAAUAUAUUUUCUGUCUGCAAUAUUCAUAAUAUGCAAAUCUACCUGAAUAUGCAAAUUAACAAGCCUUGCUAUUCAGGUAGUACAUACAGCUAUUUCAGGAUGCCUACAAUCAACAGAUGGCACUGUACAGGCUCCACGACCAAAGCCACCUAUUUGGUUGAGAGAAUCAGCAGGAAAGGAAAGCACACAAAACAUUUAACACCAAUCUGUCUGUCACGAAUAUUAACCCAAAUACGCAGAGUUUAGGAUAGCAAGGAACAGACUAAUGAAGAAUAAAAGUCUUACCGGGCCAUAGAGUGGCCGGACCUAUCAUUAGACAGAGAAAAACGUAGUCUAAAUACUAGGCCAAGGAGACAGCGAAAAUGAGAACUAGCCAGAGUCAGGUACAUGGCAAAAAUCAGAUGGGCAAACAAGACUGGCAAGGAUUAAUGAGAAACUCAGAGUCAGGAAACAAGGUCAAUACCGGCAUAAAAUACAAAUCACUAGGAACGCAAAGGGUACUGGGAACAGAAACCACAAAAGGGCACAUAAUCUAGGGACAGGUAAGUUUAAAUACUUUUAUUUUAUUUUUUUAUUUGAUUGGUCAACGUCAUGCCUCCACCCCAAAAUGUGCGUGAAUGGGGGUGCCGGAAUGACGUGGGCCAAUGGGAGCCAACCGCAAGGUUAGGCUCCCAUUUCCCCUUUAAGAGCGCACACGCGACGCGAGCAGCGUUCCCAAUACCGUUCGGGGUGCACAGCCCGCAAGAAGCAAGGAGUCCUCGUGUCGGCAGGGAUCCUCGGAUGGAGCCACGCGUAGCUCGAUCACUCCUGCCUUAAUGCGAGCCACAUGUGACUACAUCCGAGGACCCUUGCCGGCACGAGGACUAGGUAAGUACUAUUACGCAAUCACAUUACACGCACCCUGCACCCACAGUGGGCACAGAGUAACAUAGGAGUCAUCCAGGGACCUUAUUAAAAUGUCCAUCUUAUGCUCCCAAUAAUGGUGACUAUUGUCACAAGUUGCCAGCCCUCCCCUGGCACAAAUAUAAUACUGCAUUCAAGCACACACUACACACAAACACACAAUUGCAUUCACUAAUACAACACACAGAUAUACCCUUACAUUCCAAAGCCAACACUACACCCAAACACACCGCUGCAUUUAAACGGCAACACUACACACACUGCAGUUCAAUAAACCACUGCAUUCAAAUGACAACAGUACGCACAAACACAAACCCUGCAUACAAAUGCCAACACUGCAGUUCAAUAUACCACUGCAUUCAAAUGACAACAGUACGCACAAACGCAAACCCUGCAUUCAAACACCAACAUUACAGCACUGCAUUCGAAUGGCAACAGUACAUGCAAACACACAACAGCAUUCAAACACCAACACGACUACACACAAAAACAACGUUUUAAUGUGGCACGCUGGAAAUCCCUAUACAUCAACAACACAUACACUCAUCAUCCUCAGCCAUCCUUGCAAGAAUCACCAUCUGAAAUCAGCAGACCUGCUAAGUAUAACUGUGCUAAAAAAAACAAACAUCUGCAUCUGGGUAUCUGGGUGUUUUUAUUUCCAUUCGGUUGCAUAAAACAAAAGAGAAAGAGGCAACCAAUGCUGAGUGCAGGGUUAACCACGCUGCAGUUUCAGAGAAAACUGGAGCCAGUCAGCUGUCAGGGGAGUGGAAAACCAGGGAGGAAGUUUAAACAUUGUUUACCACAAGGCUGUAAAGACAUGCUGUCAGCAUUUGUUCCUUCUUUCACAGUCUGACACUAAACCUCACCAUGAUAGCAGGAAAGAUCACUGGGCUCAUAGUGACAGAUGUCCGUUUCCCGACCUCUCUGGGUCACCACGGUUCUGAUGCCAUGGUAAGAAAUUAAAAUAAACCUUUCCCGUGCAAGUUUGUAGCACACAUUCACACUGUGUCUGGCAGGAUUAACCGUAGGCUUGCCCAACCUUAACCACAAGGCUUGUAAUCCUAUCAGUGAUUCGAGAUUUCUCCAGUUAACAGACAAUUAACCAACACACUGCACUGGUUAUUUACUAAAUCGGGAAUUGCAGUGAUCCAGAAACUGGAUUGCGAAACAUAGGCCGGAAUGGACAAAUUGGGAAUUAUACCCAAGCAGGAGUCAUGAAAUAUAACUGAGAGUUUUCAAACUCCACUAUUUUGGCCCAAGUUUUGUAAGUUAGUUUUUUAUUCAUCAAAAUUCACUAAUUUGAAAAUAAAUACAUGUGACAAGUGAUCAUUACUAAAAAGACUAAAUUAACUGACCUAGGCCACUUUGCUUUAUAACCAUAUGAAACCAAGAGGCUACACUCACCCCCCAGCAGCACCCUCUACUGUAUGCAUGUUCAAGUGAGUGCAGCCUCUUGGUUUCAUAUAUAUAUAUUUAGGAGACCAGGCCAACUCCUUGGUUUUGCCCCCCUCCCUGUCACAGGUGACUCAUUCAAGGGCCGUAUUUAACCAUGCACUGCAGAGAGUCCCAGGAGGAAGUAUUUCCUAAGUAGAUUAAACUCAUAAAAUUAGGCAUUAGAUUGCUAGAGUAGGACCUGCCAAGAAUGGGGUACAUUGAUGUUGUGGCAGGCUUAUACAAUAUAUGGAUCAUAUAAUGUAACUAAACCCCCAGUAUUUUUUUGCCUACGUGAGGUGUUUUUAAAUCAGACUAUUUAUUACAUUCUGUGAGACUUAACGUUGCUGUUUAGUGAAUGAGCAAGUGCACUGGAUCUUGUAUGUUGCUUCAUAACCUUGUGUUUCCUGUGUACUUGAGGCAUUAUACUUUACUACUAGACUAGAGAGAUUUAUCAGAGCACUGGACACUGGAGCCAUUCUGGUGCAAAAUGACAAAUAAAGAGCAAUCAAAAAAGAAACCAAUAAAAUGUCUGUAAAUAUUUAGCACUUUGCCCCAGAACAGAACAAAUGUUACCUUGAAAAACCUCGCCCUAUAUAUUGUGCCACCAAUAUAAAAUGGACUCUGCUAUAAAGUGACAAAGGCGCAGCGCUGUAUUUACAGUGAGGCUAACAAGGCAUUUGCCUUGGGCAGCACUUUCCAGGGGGCGGCAAAAAAUACUGCCCCCAAAUGUCCAGGCAAACGCCUUGUUAGUCUCGUUUUAUAGGGGCCCAAGAGCUUGUAGGCCACCUUUGCUCCCCACCCCCUGGGGCAGGCAGCCAGUUGUGUUCCGGGUAGACAAUGAAGGAAUGCUGUCCUCUGAGCUUUUCCUGCUCAGCUCCCUUGCGUGCCCCGUAUUGGUGUCGGGAUCUGCAAAAUGAUGUCAGUCCAGCUCCCGGCACAGCUCCCUCGCCGCCUACUUUAGACACCCGGCUACCUUCCUGCCUACCCGCAAGCUUGCCAGCCUGCCUGCCUACCCAGCAACCCCACUGGACCCCAGGUAAAUAAUCCAUCCAGCUCUCCCAAAAGUAGGGAGGCUGGGUGGAUUUAAAUUUAAAAAAAUUAUAAUUUGGGAGUGUUGGGGGAAAGUGUGUGUGUGUGUGUGCAUUUGUUUGUCAGUGAAUGUGUGUGUGUAUCUGUCAGUGAAUGUGUGUGUGUCUGUCAGUGAGUGUGUGUUUUUGACAGUGAGUGAUUGUGGGUUUCUUUCAGUGUGUGUGUGUGUGUGUGUGUGUGUGUGUCUGUCAGUGAAUGUGUGUGUGUCUGUCAGUGAAUGUAUGUGUGAGUGAGCGUGUGUGUCUUUUAGUGAAGGUGUACUUCGUGAUUGUGUGUGUUUGUCAGUGAGUGUGCGUAUCGCCAGUGUGUGUUUGUGCCUGUCAGUGUGUGUCUGAAUGAUUGUGUGUCUGUCAGAUUGUGUCAAAUCUGUGAGUAUGUGUGUGUAUGUAUGUUAAUGUAUCUGAGAGUGUGUGUCGAUGUGUGUUAGUCUUUAACAGCAAGAGGUGAGGCCUUGGCAGGCAGGGGUUGGGCAAAUUUAAAUUAGGGUGUGCCCGAGUUCCAUCAUGCCUAGGGCAGCACCAAUCCAAAAUACACCACUGCAAAGGCAUCCAUAUAAUCUAUACAGUUUUGAUGCCAGAAUGCCAAAACUUGUGUGGAUGAGACCUAUUAAUCAAAGACAUUUGUCUCUGCUAGAUUUUGAUUAUUUGAGCCUGAAGUUUUAUAUGGCUUACUUGGGAAUGUAUUUAAAAAAACAAAACAAUAUAUUGUUGAGAAUUGUAAACCAAAAUGGUUAAAAUUAGGCUAAAAUAAGUCACACUGGGAAAGUAGCUGAGUUGGAUUGUUUUCAACUCCAUUUAUAUUUUUAAACUUUGGUUUCCAUUCACUAGACUAUGCAGUUAGUCCAAAAUACCUAACAUAGCUGGAUUACACGUGUGCAAACCUCACUCAUUUACCCUUUUUAUGUCCCUUUCAAUUCCCCAAUUAACAGUGACAAACAUGUGAAAACAUUUCUGGUUGAUGAAUAAAGCAAGUAAAGUUCAAAUACGCACUGUUACAUGGUGAAAUCCAUAACACAGCAAAUACAUGUACAUCAUACCCAAAUAUGGGUUCUGAAUACACUUAAAGGGUAGAUGAAGUUGUUUUGGUGCCUGGAGUGUUCCUUUAAUAUUAAGAACAUUUGGUUAACAGCAGUGACAAGGACAGCAACAACAAGAGUUACAUCUAGUUUUACAGAAUAAUGUUUUCCAACUUUGGAAGCAAUAACUGCAGGAAAGGCAUCAAUGUCUUGACACCCUUCCUCCCCCAGUUUAAGUUUGCAAACUGUGUUAGAAUGGUUUGUCUUUUUACCUGGGUUUACCUGCCUCUACUACUUCAGACAGAGAACCGGCAGUGCAGAGGUUAGAUAAGUGCAAUCGCCUGAUGUUCUCAGACAACGAGCAAGCUCUGUACUGCAGAGCUCAGCUCAGGAGAGCUAAUGCAAGCUCUCAAAUGUAAGCAGUGGAGGUGGGUACUGGCACCGAAACGACUCCAGGCAAGAAAUCAAACCGUUCUAUAAUAGUGUGUAGAAAUUUUACAAACUUAGUACUAAUUUGUGAGUUACUCAAUGAUUUGUAUAUCUCUCUUUUAUUACUGUAGCACACAGAUCCUGAUUACUCAGCAGCUUAUGUUGUGAUUGAAACUGAUGCAGAUGAUGGUUUAAAGGGCUACGGACUUACUUUUACCUUGGGAAAAGGCACAGAAAUUGGUACGUAAUAGGUAAUUUUGUGCAAAAGAAUGUGAGGGUUUGUUUCAUCUGACGUUCUAAGCCUUCUCUCAGGCUACCCAAUACAAUUUGUGAAAGUUUAUCAGGCAGUUCUGUUAAAUACUUCCCAUAAUGUCUAAAGAGUGACAAAAAUGACCAUGUGUUUUCUUUUAUAUAUAUAUAAAAAUGCACAGAGGGGGCGGGGCCUGACAGUUGACCAAGCUGGUCGCAUGUAACUAGAGCUCCUUAGGAAAAGCCUUUUAGUCAGCUAAAACCUCGAUGUCCAAAGUGCAAUCUUGGCACAAACUUUCCUUACUUACACUCUGCCAAUUGUCUGACCAACUUCUGCCUGGUUUUUGCUGGCAUUCAUUCGUGACAAAUUAUCCUGCGGCCUGCUGUUAUGCUGGUUAUGCUGAAGCCAGGGUAUGUGGACGAUGCUCUGCCCUGGUGUGCCAAAUACCUUAUGCCCGAGCUCCUUUCCCCCCUCUAUGGACCGGUGGGGGUUAUCCCAGUCCCCACUGAGGUGCUCGUGAAGCCUUACCAGCGACACCGAAGUAUCAGGUGACUCUGGGGGGCCGAGGCCUGUCUUUUAAGAUGGCUGCCGUGCCUGAGGCCUCCACACAGCAGCCCUCCAUUGUGGAACUGCUUCUCCAAAAGCUUGGCCAGCUGUGGGAGGGGUUAUGAGAGACUCUAUGUAACCGCGUGCUUCCUCGACUUCCCAUAGUUUGGGUCGAGGCCUCACAGGUCCCGACUGCCCCACGGUGUAGCAAAAUGAGACCUCAUUUGGAUAUGCCGCGCAUGGUGUCGAGGAAGGUACGGCGCCCCAACGCCAGGUCCUGUAACCAACCCCAGACCUAACCCGGUACCACCCAUGACACAGCCUAAUUUUAAUAGAAGAACCCCUGUAGUAUGUCACCAGUGCAAUCAGCCAGGGCACUACAAAAUACAGGAGACGCGAGUGGAGACCACAACUGGAACGACCUAACUCUCAAGCUGGCACAUACCUACCUGAACGGCAUGUUGCACGGGGAAUCUCCUCACGGUAUGACCUACAAGGGCGGCGAGCAUCGAUGUCUCUCCCAGGAAGCUUACUAGUCACAACAAUGGAGGCCAGACCACAAGAAGCAUUGUCCGGAUGAGUGUGGUGGCUGAAGUCCAGUAGGGCAUCCUGUUCAUUUUGUAUGGACUCAAGUACUACAAAGACAUCCAUCCCUCUAAGGGCAGAGGCUAUGCUUCUCAUAUACAGCAAAAUAUAUUUUAUUAUAUGAUUGCUAGAGUUUGAUCUUUUGUUUUCAGUUAACCUUUUUAAGUACAAAAUUUGCUGUGGUCUGGACUCUUAACGUUGAGAGUUCAGCACCUUUUUAUUUGAUAAAUGGAACAGACAAGCGGAUAAUGCCAUAGCGUAAACAUACUAAAAAUGGAAAUAAACAGCAAAAAUACACAGUAUAUAGCAAGAUUAGAUUGUUACUCAAGAGGUUGAAAAAUAAAAAUAAAAACUGAUGACCAGGGCCGGAUUAACAUAGGGGCUGAUGGAGCUGCAGCUCCAGGCCCAGACCAAGGCCCAUGGAAUAGGCCCAUUUAAAAAUAAAAAUAAAAAUAAAAAAUUUUUAAACUUAUUUUUUUUUUUUUUUAACACACUACUCUUAGGUUUGCCACCUGACUGGUAUUUUAAGACACAGUCGUUAUUUGAGGCUGCCUGGCUGUGAUGGUAUUGCAGUAAUACCGGCAAUAUAUAUGCAAAUAUUUUUUUCAGUAUAAACGGAGAUUACUGUGUGUGGAGAAAGGCAGGAAUAGGAAGUUACAGCAUAUCCCUCCCUGCCUCUCUCUACUCACUGAUCCGCAGGGGAGCAGCUACACAGCACAGAGAGUUCAGACAGUAGCUCCCAGCCUGCAGAGACAGACUAUAGCUCAGGGAAGUGAGGGAUGAGGGGAAAGGUAGCAGGGAGACAUGGGGACACUGAGACACUAGGGGACACAUGGGGACUUAGACACUUGGGGACACUGGGAGACGUGGGGACACUGAGACACUGGGAAACAUGGGGACACUGAGACACUAUUGGACACUGUGAGACAUGGGGACACUGAUACACAUGGGGACGCUGUGAGACAUAGGUAGACACAUUGGGACACGGAGACACUAGGAACACAGUGUCUCCAUGUCUCCCAGCCAGUGUCCUCUAGUGUCUCAGUGUCCCCUAGUCUCCCAGUGUCCCCAUGUCUACCAGCCAGUGUCCCCUUGCCAGUGUCUGUGUCCCUAGUGUCCCUAUGUCUUCCACUGUCCCCAAAUAUCUCAGUGUCCCCAUGUCUCCCAGUGUCCCCAUUUCUAUGUCCACAAGUGCCCCCAUGUCUCCCAGUGUCCCCAAGCCUCCCAGCCAGUGUCCCUAGGUUCUCAGUGUCCCCAUGUCUCCCACUGUCCCCUAGUCUCCCAGUGUCUCUGUCCCCAUGUCUCCCAGUCUCUGUGUCCCCGUGUCUCAGUGUCCCCAUGUCGCCCAAUGUCUCCAUGUCUCCCAGUGUCCCCAUGUCUGUAUCCACAAGUGCCCCCAUGUCUCUCAGUGCCCCCAUGUCUCCCAGUGUCCCCAUGUCUCUGUGUCCUCAUGUCUCUCAGUGUCCCUUAGUAUCCUAGUAACACGGGACACACUGAGACAUGGGGACACUGGGAGAAAUGGAGACACAGACACUGGGAGACUAGGGGACUGGCCUUCCAAUUCUUUGGACACACAUAUCCCCUUUCUGGGCAUGUUUGCCCAUUUUGCCACUUCUGGUUACGUGAUUCGCAUCAGUGGCCCACUCUUUUACCCCGCCCAUUGACUUCCUGCUUCACUGGACACUGCUGUUAGGGGGUAUGGAUUUACUUGAAAGAUGAAAGCAUAAAUUACAUAAAGAAAUUAGCAAAGAGUAUGUGUUUUCUUAUAGCUGCAUCCUUUGAGUUUCCCUCCAACACCAACUCCAUCAGAGACAUGACGCUUGAGAGGUAUGACUGUUUUAGUGUUUUUGGUCGAUAAGAUUCUGUAAUUAGGCCCCAUCAUAAUUGUCAGUACCAGGCCCACUGGGCUCUUAAUCUGGCUCUGCUGAUGACCAUCUUGUAACACCGUCAAUUUCAGCUUGUUAUGUAACAAAAGCACCACAAAAAUAAAUAAUAUUUAAAAAAGAAAAGGAAAAUAAAUAAGGUGGGACUAUAUAUCUAAAGAUAAGCAAAUGUAUAUGUGAGCUUUGAAAACAUGAGGCAACUAAAAGGUUUCUAAACUGAACAAACAGUCUGUGGCAAACAUCAGGAUACACCAAUCAGAAAAUUAUUACAAAAUAAUUAAAUAAUGUUAUUGGAAAUAAUAUUUUAUUAAAUGCAACAUGAGUAUAUAAUGAGAAUUCUGAGUUCCCUACAUUGUUAAGGUUUUGUUUUUUUUUUUUUUUUGUUUUUUUAUAGACAAUGCAUUUAACAAAAUAAUAACAAAUACAAUAAUUUUUAAAAACAAAAAUGAUGCACACUUUUGCCUCUCAUUCAUUUUCUGCAGUUCCAUUGGGUUUGCAGCUGCUGCAGUGAGUCUUGAAUAGGAACUAUCUUAAAAUCUUUUAGCCAUGUCAUGCAUUCUGAACCAUACAGUGUAGUGUGGAAUAAAAGUAUAUGGGUAUUAAAGUGCCAAUUGCAAAGUAUCUUAUAUACCUUAAGGUAUGUAAUCUUUUAAUCGAGGUUGAAUACCUUUAAGAAAAUAAAUAUAUGCAAUAGUGUAAAACCAUGUGGUGUAUAUGGUUUUACACUAUUGCAUAUAUUUAUUUUCUACCUCGAUUAAAAGAUUACAUAUAUAUAUUUCUGAGCUAUACACCUAUUAAGGGCCUAUGGGUCCAUCAAGGCAACCCUCUCUUUCUUAUUUUCGCGAUCCUCUGAGUCUGAAAUACUUUCAUUAGUCCCUGAUAUUUAGGAUAGCUUAAACUCCUUUACUGUGGUGGAAGGCUAUUCCACUAACCAGGAAAGAUACUCUGGUUUUCAAGUACAUCCUGGGGAUGUUACCUUUCAACAACCAGGGGUUGUUAUUACUAUUACCCAAUUUAAUGGAACCAGGAUUUGAACCUGCAAACCAAGGGUUGAACAGAGUCUACUGAUGCAUUAGCCCACUCAGCUAUCUCACCAAAUAAAAAACUUCAUAAAAUAAUAUAUAAGGAAAGUCUCAUAAACAAUAUAUAUAAAUAGUCCCAGGAUCUCCUUGGAAAUCACCUAACGCGUUUCGGCAUAAAAGCCUUAUAUAUAUUGUUUAUGGGACUUUCCUUAUAUAUUAUUUUAUGAAGUUUUUUUAUUUUAUUUUAUUCUUAAUUAAAGUGUGUGUUUAAUCCUGGACCUGCGUUCCUGAUUUCCACAUUUAUUUUGGGAAGAGCCCAGCAAAAGUUUGUUCCAGUCCUAAGGAUUACCUCUGUUCAAGGCGUGCAAGCUAGAGCCAGCUUCUAAUUGGCUCCCCGUAUGUGAGUGUAAUCUACCCAUACGCUGUAUAUUUUACUCUGGCGUUAUUACCCUAUUUUAUUUUCGGUUUCUUUUUCAGAUAUUAACUUAAUUGUGGGUAAUAUUAUUAUGUAUUGAGUGCUCUCACCAUUUUCUAUUUAUCUAUCACUUGUUUGGCAGUUAUGUUGUCUACAGAAAUGGUUACAUCUUUCACUCUUUAACCAAGCUGUGUUAAUCAAAAUCAUUUAAAAUUUUAAAUACAUUUGUUUUACAGUGGUGUGCGCUGUGAAAGCUCUCUCAAGACAUGUUGUUGGCAGAGCUCUAGAAGAUAUUGUCACUGAUUUCAGAAGGUUCUACAGACAGUUGACAAGUGAUGGACAGCUACGAUGGGUAUGAUUUUAUAAAAUAAUUUUCAAGUGCAUUUUUGAUUUAUAAACUCUUCUCUUGUGAAAUCUGAUAAUUCAUAAAAUCUCUUUUCGUUAUUUUUUUUUUUUUUUUUAAAUGUGUAACUGUAACAUAAAGUGAAUAAUAAGACUGAACCGGAAGCUAAAUGAAGGCCCAAAUUAAUGUAGUGUCUAUUGAAAUUGAAGGCCAAGAUCCAUUUUUUUGCAAAGGCCCCAAGCAGUAUGUGGGGUGCAGGGUGUUAAAAUCAGAGCCUCACAGCAUGGAGGAACCCAGCUAUGCCUCAAGCCCAAUGCUAAUUGAGGAACCUAUCUCAUCUCCAGACCUUUGCACAUGGACACUCUUUGCCCCAUCACCAUUGUAUGGUUUCUCUGGCCAGGCAGUGACCCCUUGUAACCCUUUUCCCCUUAUGUAGGUGACGAUAGGAAUACUGAGAAUGAAAAGAAUGAUAAUGAGAAGAAGACAAGAGAAGGUCACUAACAAAGCAAAGUGACUGAGGAGGUGCUGUAUUUGUGAAUUAAAGAGGAGUUGUAAUGAGGGUGACAUUUUAAAGAGCUAUCAGUUUAUUCAACAGUGUUAAGACCUGCAGUGGUUAUGGUACUGUGGUCUUCUAUUCCUUUCCCAAUACCUGAGCAUAAGUGAUUAUAGCUGCAGCAGGGAGGGGAGGAAUAGUAUAGAUGAAUGCAGUUUCCAAGAUGAUUCUCCCCAACAAACAGAAUAUCCCCCAAACAUGAGCCUAGACUUCAUGAAGGGUGUAACAGGAAUUUUAUGAGAAAUCCUCCUGCAAGAGGACCUCCCACAGCAAACAAAGACAAUAACCAAUCACUAUACAGAUUUACAGUAAUACCCGCCCUCUCUCUGCCUGGGAGAUAUUGCGAUAAGGUAAGGAAUAAAUCAAUUAUCUCCAGGCAGAGGGCACACAAUUUUCCCAAAAGUUGGAACACCCCUUUCCACAUCAGGUAUCCCCACAAAUUAUCCCCUGAUAGCCCCGAUCUGGGGGACAAACAUAUCCAAAUAUCACCCAGAUCGGUUCAGGGGUUCUUAAAAUGUAUGGAAGUCCCAUUUUACCGACCACACACGAGGCUCCUGCCCAAAACAGUUCCACGAAUUCAGCGUGUGCGGUCGGUCAAUUCAGAAAAAGGUAAAAAAUGAACAAAGUACCAAAUUGAUCCUCCUGGCUCAUAGGAGCGAUUGCUCCCCUUGUCUGUACGAACAAAACUACUGAAUGGCGCUCUCCUGGCUGUUCGGCAACCUAAGGAAGCAGGCGUUCGGUAGUUUCAGCGGUGGUUCGUGAGGUUGAGUGUCCGAUUUUAGUUCCAGACACUCGACGACCAAUUCCCACUGACUCCCCUCGUGCGAACAAGAUGGCCGCUGUUUUCUAUUCCACGUGGCAUUCGGCUCACGAACAGCGGCCGCCCAGACAGCACUUAAUAGACGGUUCCUUUGAAGUUAAUGAGCCAGGAGGGUGGUCGGUGUUCGGUAGUUUCAAACUACCGAACCAAUAAAUUCAAUAUACACACAAUACUUGUAGGAAAAAGCCCGAACAAAGAAGAAAAUAUCGAACAAAAGUCUAUUUUCUUCACAAACAGAUCCCUUCAUUUUGAGGAGUGAGACGGAGUUCAAUGGCAAAACUAAAUAUCAUAUAAUCCCCUGCUGGACCGUGAUUUAUGGGAUGAGAAAAAAACCUAUAAACCAGAAAGAGUCUGGGAAGAGUCUGUCUACUACAGUAACCAUUCGUACAAGCACCACAAAUUGGGGAACUUUAAAACAUUAAAAAUCACCCAUAGCUGGUGUUAACCUAUUUUUUUAAUGAGAUUAUCUGUUUUCUUUUAAAUGUAUAUUAAAGAUUUAGAAAAUUACAUUACAGUCCAGUUCAGACAUGUGAAGGCCAGGGCAAAAUAAAGAGGAGAAAUGGUUUGCACAGAGAAAACAUACAGCAAAUGUUUCUGAGACUGGAAACGGCCUAGUUAUUACAAUGAUUGACCGGAAGUUAAGAUGGAGUCUCUCAUUGUAAGAUAAAGAGAUAUGGGUUUCUACAUUUAUUUUAUUUUUCAUAACUCACUUACAAUCACAGAAACCUUUGCUGUGCUUCCUGAUGACCUUUACAACAGUUUUAUAGUGGUAACAGGGGAAACACUGCAGGCAGGGACAGAAAAGAUUACCGUAGCUUAAAGACCAAAAUAUAGCCUCAUACUCUGUCCAUCUUGAUUCCUUUGAGUUUAACUGAGUUAAGUUAAAAUUUAUGUCCGGCUCCUUCUUGGCUGCCGAUUCCUAAAUAUCUGCGGUUUUGUUCAUCCUGGCAUAUGUACGAAAGAAAUUAGUCGUGAUCUCAUGUUUUAAGAUGUUUAUUUAUGCCUUACAAAUAUGAUGUACAAUUGUUUUCAGUGAUAAACUCCUUAAGAAAAAUAACACAUGGGAAAAAAAAAAUACAAAAAAAUAACUCUUAAUAAAAAAUUAAAUCUGACAUAAAUAUCAUCUAACACUGCUGUAAUAAAUAAAAUAAAGUCAUUGAUUUUGUAAACUAUUUAAAAAUCUUAGCUUAUCAUAUUUUAUUGAUUUUAGUAUUUGCUUUCUGUGAGGAAAUUUCAUUUGUUGAGUCAGUUCUAUUUCUGACCCAGCUUUGAUGUCAUUUUCCUUUUGUUGUUUAAAUUUGAUUGUUCGAUAUUUAUUACAUCAAUUAUAUUAUUAUGACGCAGUUUAAAAGUCCUAUUCACAAUGAGUCUGAAUAUGAUGAUGUCAUUACUCUCAGCCAACACACUGGUUCCUUAGAGGGUAGUAAGCCUUUUUUAUUUAAUUUUAUUUAUUCUGUUAGCCCUCUGGCAACUAUUGCUCCUUGCUAUUGGCCAGCGUCAUUCCUGCUUGCCUAAAAUGUGUGCAUUUAUUGACACACAUAUGACACAAUGGUGCAGAUACUUGUAAAAUGAUGCAAAUUAAAAGGCUACUUCACAAUGCUGAACAAUCUAAAAUAAGCUAUUCAUGCCAUAAAACAUGUUCACUGUCAUACACAGUGUGUCAAUAAAAUGUAUGAAGGGUAUGAAGUAAGACUGUGUAUUCAAAAUAUCUGGUAAAAAAAAAUAUCUAUUAUCAUGCAUUAUGCAAAUUGCCCUUUUUGUUUUCUUUUUCAAUUUCAGUUUGUAAAUAAUGAAUUUGUGUAACAUCCCCCGAUGUAUGAAAAUGGGUCAAUAUAUUGAUAUAUAUGUACAAUUUCUAUACCUUUUUAAUAAUUAUAUCUAAUUAUGAAGAAGAAAAUGAUGAUAGGCGUCAUAGUAUAGGAACUCUUUAAGCUUAUACCAGCACUUUUAUAGAGAUCACUCUUACAGACUGCACAUGGAGAGUGAGAAGAAAGGAAGUUAAAGGGACUCUCCAGUGCCAGGAAAACAAUCCGUUUUCCUGGCACUGCAGGUCCCAUCUCCCUCCCACCUCCCAUUCCCGGUUGCUGAAGGGGUGAAAACAUGUCCCACGUCGCUGCUUCUUCCUCUGCCGCUGCUCCUCCCCUUCAUUACGUUAGCCGGCGGGGGAGACUGCAUGCGCAUUAGACCUCUCCAUAGGAAAGCAUUGAAAAUGCUUUUCAAUGCUUUCCUAUGGGGAUUUUAGAGACGCUGGAGGUCCCUUUAAUUUAGGAUAUGUACAAAUAUUUGUACUUAAGUACAAAUAAGUAAUAUCUAGUUCCAGUAUUUAGUUUGCACUGCUUCCCCCUACUUUACAGAGGUUCGCUGUGGCAUAUGUGCAUUAUAAUUUUACCAUUCUAUUGGCUUAUUUCCCUACCUAUCACAUUGGGAGCUGCCCUAUUUAAAAUUGAAUGGGUUCCAACGUCUGUCCCCCUUGAAGUGCUGCCUGUUUUCCCACACAGCUUUCUUCAUAGCAUAUGGAGUGAUUGCAGUACUGUGGACCUGGCUGUGCACUUUUUUGCAAUACCUAUUCGUGUAAUUUCUUUCUGUUUGUACUGUAGCAGGGAUUUUUUUUGCCCUGAAUGUUGCAGCAUGCUCGGCAUGUUUAGUCUACUAUAGGUGUCCUUGAAGGCACACUCAGGGUCAGAUUCUUAGGGGCUCUAUCUCUUCUUCCUAAUUGCUUUUCCCUGCUGCUGUUUUAUGUCUGCCUCUGAUAUACACUGAUACUAACAUUACACUGUGUGUCCUUAUUUGGAUACUUAUCAUUUGUUUUAUGUAUAAACUGUAAGCCUUGAUUUCUCUGCUACUGCCAUUAACCGUACACCAAAGAACAUUUAUUCAUGACAGGAUAGGUUUACAUCCAUUCAUUUAGGAUGUUAUCGUUCACACUGGUACCUUUUAUAUUAUUCUCUGAUUUUUUUUUUUUUUAAUCAUACAAAAUUCAAUAAAAGUUAUGUUUUUAUAUUUACUUUUCUGGUCUGCCUUUGUGUAUUUCUAUAUGUAUAAAUACAGCAUUAUUAAAAAGGCACAAUAUGGAAUUUUCUUUGUGCUAAGGUAUUACUUUUACAUAAAUUAACACUCUAAGCACCAUAGACAGUACAGCCCCUUGUAUUGGUUAUGGUACCCCUUGCCCCUCCCAGGGUACGUAGUCAAACCUUUUGUGAAGCUUUUCUGGCCACCUUCUCUUGUGCUCCUGUAAGCUCCUGCACUGAGCUAAGUGGUUGGUGCUAAGCGUAGCUCAUUGGUGAUGAGCUGGUCCAGCAGAGCACUCCUUGCAGGAACAUCUGGUUACAUAGUUACAUCAAGUCCAUCAAGUUCAGCCUUCCUCAAAUAUGUUUUUGCUGUUGAUCCAAAGGAAGGCAAAAAAAAACCAGUCUGAAGCGCUUCCAAUUUUGCAAGAAAUUAGGGAAAAAUUCCUUCUUGACUCCAAAAUGGCAGUCAGAUAUCUCCUUUGAUCAAGCAGCUAUUCCCCUUCUAAUUAGAAAUUAUAUCCCUGUAUGUUAUGUUUUUGCAAGUAUUUAUCCAAUUGUGAUUUAAACAUUUGUUAGGACUCUGAUCAGGCAGAGAAUUCCAUAUUCUUAUUGCUCUUACUGCAAAAAAUAUUUUUUUGCCUAAGAUGAAAUCUCCUUUCUUCCAGCCAAAAUGCGUGACCUCGUGUCCUAUGUAUAGCCCUGUUUAUGAAUAGAUUUUCAGAUAAUGGUUUGUAUUGGCCCCGAAUAUAUUUGUAUAAUGUUAUGAAAUCUCCACUGAUGCACAGUUUUUCCAAACUAAAGAGAUUUAAACUUUUUAACCUUUUCUUUGUAAUUAAAACUUCCUGUGGUUCCACAGGAAGAGACUACCAGUGCCAGGUGGACUCCAAGUAAGGUGCUGAACCAUUCUUAAGCUGUUUGUCUAGUUACCCUGCGAGAACACCAGGGCACUCCUGCUGCCAUAAUCACUAUAUUGGGCUAUAGUGUUUAUUGUGUUGGAGUGUUCCUUUCAUUACCUUAAUUCUUUAAGUGAAUAAAUAGACAUAUUGUUUCCCAAACAAUGUCUACAUUCAAGCAUAUACAACCAUGCAAGGUGGCGGUGAGCAUGCAACAGAGUUUUAUUUUAUAAGUUUUCAUUCGCUUAUAUCUUUCUUCUCUGAAGAGAAUAUUUGUUUUAAUAAUUUUUUUGUAGAUUGGUCCAGAAAAAGGAGUCAUACAGCUGGCUACCUCUGCUGUUCUUAAUGCUGUUUGGGAUUUAUGGGCUAAAAAAGAAAAGAAGGUAGGUUGACUUUUUAAUGUUUUAUGAAAUAUUGAAAUUAAACUCAUGGGUAUCUAUUACUAAAUGUGCUGAUUAGACCUAUACACUCUGGCCAAGUUUCUGGUCGUAUUUGGUCAAAGAUCUGUUAGGAAUGCUCUUGUGCAUUACCAAACUUACAAGUAUAGGUCAGGAAUAGGGAUGUGCGUGGGCAAAAAAUUAGGUUCGGAAAUUCGGGUAAGUAAAACAAUUUUUCUGCUUCAGCCAUUCGGACCAAUGGCAUUCGGUUCGGUUUGGCACAUUGGAAUUGCCAAACAUCGUCACUUCGGACAUUCGUAAGCAUCCGACUGUACAAAUGGCAUGAAAUUCGUCCGAAUGUACAUUCUGAACCAAAAAAAUUGCACAUGUCUACUUUAUAUAUUCUAUAUAAUAAGUGGCUAAGGAUGUUUGUACGAUGCAGUCAUACGCAGUCCUUCAGGGUCUGCUGGCAGCCGCGAUGUGACGCGUACCGGAUAUGACGUCAUUGCACAAAAGGAAUUAGCUUAUUGCUCAAGAUUCCUGUCAUUAUUCACAUAAUUUUCCCUCCCUCUCUCUUGUUUUGCCACUUUUCAGAAAUCUGAAUCACUUUGGUGCUUCGGAAGUUCGGCGCUUCAGGACUUUGGCACUUCCGACAUUCAUAAACGUCCGAAUGUCCGAAUGGCAUGAAAUUCCUACUUAUGUACAUUCGGAAUGAAACAAAUCGCACAUGUCUAGUCAGGUAUCUGAAGACAGAAAGGACAUAUUACCGGGCCUUAGAAUGGCCGGGUUUAACUUUAAAAAAGAAAGGAGAAAGAGAAAUCUAGCCAAGAUCGGGAUAUCAGAAAUAUGGAAAUGCAAUAUAACUAGCCAGGUCAGGAUUACAGAGGUCAGAAGAGUCCGUAAAUAAGCCAAAACUGAAGAACCAGAAUAGUAGUUUAAAUAUAACACACUAUACGAGGAAACCACAACAAGGCAAUGACAAUUGGGCUAAAACUUACAGAGCUGGAGACCGACUGGUCUACGUCACCCCUGUGAUCGCUAAAAAGUGCAGGGGGCCGCAGUGAUGACAUGGCACUGCCAGAACAGAAAAAAACGGUAGGCAUGCCGCAUCCCUCGCUCUAUCAGGCAGUUUCAGAGCAUUCGCCUCCCGAUAAGUGCAUUUAGUGUAAUCAGAGGGCUGAAUGCAAAUGCAGAUAUUAACUAGGAGGCAGUCAUUCCUGAAUGGUGUGUGCAGCUCUCUCAGGAACGUCGGAGGAGUGUGUUCAUCGGGUAAGUAUCAGGCAGUUUCAGAGCAUUCGCCUCCCGAUAAGUGCAUUCAGUGUAAUCGGAGGGCUGAAUGCAAGUGCAGAUAUUAACUAGGAGGCAGUCAUUCCUGAAUGGUGUGUGCAGCUCUCUCAGGAAAGUCAGAGGAGUGUGUGCAUCGGGUAAGUACUGCAACAGCUCUUGAUUUACAGAGAAUAACCAUAUAUCUGAAAUGGUGUCUAACCUCAGCCGUUCAGCUACUGUUACUCUAUUUUUCAUUCUAGCCUUAGUCUUGCAGAGAAUUAUAGUACUUGAGGACAAUCUAAGAGCUGAAAUUGGACAAUCCAUUGUCACAAUUAGUCCUUAGAGGUAUACAUGUUUCUAAGGGUGGUACUAAAACCAACUCACAAAUGGCUUAUUAAAAGCACUUACAGUGCCUUGCAAAAGUAUUCGCCCCCUUGGCAUUUUUUGUGUUUUGUUGCCUCACACCCUGGAAUUAACAGGGAUUGUUUGAGGAUUUGCAUAAUUUAAUUUACAGAACAUGCCUACAACUUUGAAGAUUUUUUUUUUUUUAAAUUGUGAAGCAAACAAGAAAUAGGACAAAAUAACAGAAAAGGUGCAUAACUAUUCACCCCCCUAAAGUCAAUACUUUGUAGAGCCACCUUUUGCGGCAAUCACAGCUCCAAGUCACUUUGCAUAAGUCUCUAUGAGCUUGCCACAUCUUACCACUGGGAUUUUUGACCAUUCCUCCUUGCAAUACUGCUCCAGCUACUUCAAGUUGGAUGGUUUGUGCUUGUGAACAGCAAUCUUUAAGUCUGACCACAGAUUUUCUAUUGGAUUGAGGUCUGGGCUUUAACUAGGCCAUUCCAACACAUGUUUCCCCUUAAACCACUCAAGUGUUGCUUUAGCAGUGUGUUUGGGGUCAUUGUCCUGCUGGAAGGUGAACCUCCGUCCUAGCUUCAAAUCACGUACAGAGUGGUACAGGUUUUGAUCAAGAAUAUCCCUGUAUUAAGCACCAUCCAUCUUUCCCUCAACUCUGACCAGUUUCCCAGUCCCGGCUGCUGAAAAACAUCCCCACAGCAUGAUGCUGCCACCACCAUGUUUCACUGUGGGGAUGGUGUUCUUUGGGUGAUGUGACGUGUUGGGUUUGCGCCAGACAUAGCGUUUUCAUUGAUGGCUGAAAAGUUACAUUUUAGUCUCAUCAGACCAGAGCACCUUCCUCCAUACAUUUUGGGAGUCUCCCACAUGCCUUUUCACAAAUUCAAAACGUGCCAUUUUGUUUUUUGCUGAAAGUAAUGGCUUUCUUCUGGCCACUCUGCCAUAAAGCCCAAUUAUAUGGAGCGUACGGCUUAUUGUCGUCCUAUGUACAGAUACUCCAGUCUCUGCUGUGGAACUCUGUAGCUCCUCCAGAGUUACCUUAGGGCUCUUUGCUGCCUCUCUGAUUAAUGCCCUCCUUGCCCGGUCUGUGAGUUUUGGUGGGCGGCCGUCUCUUGGCAGGUUUGCUGUUGUGCCAUGUCCUUUCCAUUUGGUUAUGAUAGAUUUGAUGGUGCUCCUGGGGAUCAUCAAAGAUUUGGAUAUUUUUUAAAAACCUAACCCUGACUUGUACUUCUCAACAACAUUGUCCCUUACUUGUUUGGAGAGUCCCUUGGUCUUCAUAGCAGGGUUUGGUUAGUGGUGCCUCUUGCUUAGGUGUUGCAGCCUCUGGGGCCUUUCAAAAAAGGUGUGAAUAUGUAAUGACAGAUCACGUGACACUUAGAUUGCACACAGGUGGACAUCAUUUCACUAAUUAUGUGACUUCUGAAGGUAAUUGGUUGCACCAGAGCUUUUUAUGGGCUUCAAAACAAAGAGGGUGAAUACAUAAGCACAUGCCAAUUUUCUGUUUUCUAUUUCUAAAAAAUAUAGUUUUAUGUGUAUAUUUUUCUCAUUUCACUUCACCAACUUAGACUAUUGUGUUCUGAUCCAUCACAUAAAAUUCAGGUUAAUAAAAUAUUGAACUUAAGGCUGCAAUGUAACAAAAUAGGUAAAAAGUCAAUGGGGUGAAUACUUUUGUAAGGCACUGUAGAAGCUAUUAAAUGCUCCCAAUUCUGCAGUGGUUCAUAUUUUAUAUUCUAAAAGAUGCUUCCACCACCAAGUUUUUUGAGUAGAACUUGCCUUAUGUUCAACCCACUCCUGUCAAUUAAACUCCAAAAUAUGCCCGUUGGAAAAGAUUGAUCCAUACACCAAAAUAUCACAAAAUUACAAUUAUUUACUCGUGAUCUGCGAGAAAGGCAAGAACUGACUACAUUUUUAUACUCUGAAAAGAACCCAAAGAUAUAAAACACUUCAUGUACAUACAGUAUCUCACAAAAAUAAGUACACCCCUCACAUUUUUGUAAAUAUUUUAUUAUAUCUUUUCAUGUGACACUCUGUCACAGUGUAAAGUAGUAAGUGUACUGUCUGUAUAACAGUGUAAAUUUGCUGUCCCCUCAAAAUAACGCAACACACAGCCAUUAAUGUCUAAACCGUUGACAACAAAAGUGAGUGCACCCCUAAGUGGAAAGGUCCAAAUUGGGUCCAAAGUGUCAAUAUUUGUGUGGCCAACAUUAUUUUCCAGCACUGCUUUAACCCUCAUGGGCAUGGAGUUCACCAGAGCUUCACAGGCUGCUACUGGAGUCCUCUUCCACUCCUCCAUGACGACAUCACGGAGCUGGUUGAUGUUAGAGACGCUGCGCUCCCCCACCUUCAGUUUGAGAAUGCCCCACAGGUGCUCAAUAGGGUUUAGGUCUGGAGACAUGCUUGGCCAGUUCAAGAAUUGGUGAACAUAAGGCCAGUAGCAAUUAUCUGGCCACCAAGGACAGGGAGAUAUUAAUGAUCACUCCAAAAUCAGACACUACAUCUGAGAAAAUGUAAUGCUUUUACUUUUCCAUAAACUCUUAAUGGAAACUAUUUAGGCCUUAGAUAGAUUAACUGUCACCUAUAGUUUUAUGUUUCAGCCCUGAGCUUCAUGACAUACAAAUUAUUUGUACUGAUACGUCAUUGGUCAUUAUCACAGGAAGCAAUGGCUGAUUGCUACACUGUAAUCUAUCUAGAAUGAGACGUGAAUACAAAGAGCAAAUAAGAUGGCUUCAUUAAUAGCUAUGUCAUCUGUUCAUAAAUUGAUUGAAAACUAUAUGUAUAGAUACACCUUGCUUCUGUCAGGUUUCAACAGUUGUGUUGGGGUUGAAAUAGUAUGGAAAAAACAUAUGAAAAUUGUUUUACCGUUAGAUAGUUGUGUAUUGUCUUACAUUGUAUCACAAAAUGUCCUACAUUUUUGUUGUUAUAUAUCUUUCUCAUUAAUUCAGCCCCUGUGGAAGCUUCUGACUGACAUGGUAAGAAACUAUAUCUAUUUAUUUUGCUCACUGUAUAUCCAUUUACAAUAUUUUAUUUUACAAAUAUUUAUUUACUCACUUUACCACUUGAUCCCAUUCUGAUUUUCUUUAUAUGGAGCGUCAUAUUAAUUGCACACUAGCCCUGUUUUCAGUGGUGUUAGUUUUCCCAAAGAUGUAUAAUUAACUAGAAUAAUACAUGGCAUAAUAAAAAAAUAAAAUAUAAAAAAAUGUAAUGUUUUAAUCAAUAUUAACAAAUCAUUCAAAGGUUUUCAUGUGGAAAUAAUUGUAGAUAACGCAUUAAAGAGAGAUGAAAAGGGAUACUCGCUGAAAUUACUCUUUUCUGUCGUUACCAUAUAUCUAUGCCUAGUACCAAUUCUAUAGCAAAUCAUUCUAUACCAAUCCACCUGCCAACUUCUCAGAUUGACAGGCUAUAGCUCUGCCAAAAAAAGACUGACGGUCUAUUUAUGGUUAUGGUUAGUGGAGUUUAUUAUGUCUCUUUUAUUAUGUUUAUUAUGUGUUAUGUCUCUUUGAACAAUAUAUAGUAGGUAGGGUGUGGCCUACCUCCGCUAUUUGCCUUCAGUUUCCCCUGGCUGAGGAAAAUUAGCCUAAAUAGGUAAGAUGGAAUCAAAUUCGUCAACUAUCUAUAAGUCAAACUUUAUUUUUCCAUGGGUAAUUUUUAAAGCAUAUUUUGUUAAUGUUACAUCUGUUUGAACAAGCUAUAUUAGUAGGAUAUAACAUAGCUCACAUGUUGGCCUUCAGAUUACCCUGGCUGAGUUAACUGAGCCCAAAUAGGCAAAAUAGAAUCAAAUUCGUAAAUUAGCUAAAAGUCAAAUUUUAUGUGUUCAUGAAGUAAUUGUUGAAGCGUAUUUUGUUAAUGUAAUUCGGAACGUAGCAUGCUUUAACUGACAUUUUUAUUGCCAGAGCCCAAUUCAGUUGCUAUCAUGCAUAGAUUUCAGAUACAUAACUGAUGCACUAUCAGAGGAUGAAGCACUCGGUGAGUCACUGUCUUAAACAGAUUUACUCCCUAGGCAACAAAAAAUAAAUAGAAUAAAGACUUGCAUUCAUCGUAUGAACAGCUAAAGUAACUUUAUUUUGUAGAAAUCCUUCAAAAUGGAAAACGAGGACAGGAAGAAAGAGGUAAUUUAUUUGUUGGCAUUUACAUAACAGCCUUUAAAAUGUAAUUGCUUUAAAUUGUAUUCUUUGAUUUAAACAUUAUAGCUGUCUCUUGGUGCAUUGAUGAAAAAGGCUUAUUGUAGAAACAAAUGUGCAGCUCUCAAACUGUUCCUGAACUAUAGCUCCCAGACUAAGCAUCAAAAUCACUUCAUUUUAAUAAAGUGAUAUUUUUGUUCAGAUGUUACCUCUGCAGCCUAGCAAAUGAAAUAAAAGCCAUUUUUCAGAAACAGAAUGGUUUACAUUUAACCAUUUCCAAGCCUGCUAGUGACAGUCAUUCAGUUAUUGGAUCUAUUUCAAGCUUUGACGUCAACAUGGAAAGCCUCUAUCCUAACACCGAACGUUGUGUGCAUACAUAUCUUCUCUGUGAGAAACAUUGGGUUAAUUGGGUUUAUUCUGUUGCCUAAGUGUCCACUUCCUCUUGUGCAGGCUGGAGAUUUUCCCCCAGUUCAGCUACAUCACUUCUGCCAGUUUCUAAUCUUUGUAUGUACAGUGAGUGCAUGCCAAUAAGGAAGUUAGUUACAGUGGGACCUUGGAACUCGAACAUUCCCGUUCACGAACAAUUCGGAAUUCAAACAAAAAUUUUGCAUUAAAAAUGUCUUGGUACGCGAACGAUCCUCGGUACCCGAACAAAUCAUGCGGCAUUCAUUGGUAAUCUAAAGCAGUGACACCUGCUGGUUCUACGCGAGUAUCAGUAGUCAAACUGUAUUCUGGAGAGGUUGAUGCAGUGGACUCUGUGUAAGUGCAGGGGAGCGAUCUGCCAGGUCAGCCUUUGACAGCUAGAAAAUAUGACUGGACAAGUCCUGUCUACAUGAGUGGCAGCAACUUGGGGGUUAUAAUGGAGGUGAGUGUCCGUUGAGCAACCUUUUGGGACACCGCUGUUCGAUGUUAGGCUUUCAGGUGGCUGGCAGAUUUCUUUGUAAAAGUGAACACAAGUACUAUAGUGACUGCAUGUUGCUGAUACAGUAGUCAAGAAGGAUUGGAUGUACAUGUACAUGAUCACAUCCAUAGGCGUGCGCAGCCUAUUGCAUUAGGGUGUGCACCCUAAAGCACAAACACACGCCGCGUGUAUGUGUAUGUGUGUGUAUAUAUAUAUAUAUAUAUAUAUAUAUAUACACAGGGAGUGCAGAAUUAUUAGGCAAGUUGUAUUUUUGAGGAUUAAUUUUAUUAUUGAACAACAACCAUGUUCUCAAUGAACCCAAAAAACUCAUUAAUAUCAAAGCUGAAUAUUUUUGGAAGUAGUUUUUAGUUUGUUUUUAGUUAUAGCUAUGUUAGGGGGAUAUCUGUGUGUGCAGGUGACUAUUACUGUGCAUAAUUAUUAGGCAACUUAACAAAAAACAAAUAUAUACCCAUUUCAAUUAUUUAUUAUUACCAGUGAAACCAAUAUAACAUCUCAACAUUCACAAAUAUACAUUUCUGACAUUCAAAAACAAAACAAAAACAAAUCAGUGACCAAUAUAGCCACCUUUCUUUGCAAGGACACUCAAAAGCCUGCCAUCCAUGGAUUCUGUCAGUGUUUUGAUCUGUUCACCAUCAACAUUGCGUGCAGCAGCAACCACAGCCUCCCAGACACUGUUCAGAGAGGUGUACUGUUUUCCCUCCUUGUAAAUCUCACAUUUGAUGAUGGACCACAGGUUCUCAAUGGGGUUCAGAUCAGGUGAACAAGGAGGCCAUGUCAUUAGAUUUUCUUCUUUUAUACCCUUUCUUGCCAGCCACGCUGUGGAGUACUUGGACGCGUGUGAUGGAGCAUUGUCCUGCAUGAAAAUCAUGUUUUUCUUGAAGGAUGCAGACUUCUUCCUGUACCACUGCUUGAAGAAGGUGUCUUCCAGGAACUGGCAGUAGGACUGGGAGUUGAGCUUGACUCCAUCCUCAACCCGAAAAGGCCCCACAAGCUCAUCUUUGAUGAUACCAGCCCAAACCAGUACUCCACCUCCACCUUGCUGGCGUCUGAGUCGGACUGGAGCUCUCUGCCCUUUACCAAUCCAGCCACGGGCCCAUCCAUCUGGCCCAUCAAGACUCACUCUCAUUUCAUCAGUCCCUAAAACCUUAGAAAAAUCAGUCUUGAGAUAUUUCUUGGCCCAGUCUUGGCGUUUCAGCUUGUGUGUCUUGUUCAGUGGUGGUCGUCUUUCAGCCUUUCUUACCUUGGCCAUGUCUCUGAGUAUUGCACACCUUGUGCUUUUGGGCACUCCAGUGAUGUUGCAGCUCUGAAAUAUGGCCAAACUGGUGGCAAGUGGCAUCGUGGCAGCUGCACGCUUGACUUUUCUCAGUUCAUGGGUGUGACAGAACCAUCUGUCUGCUGGAUUUUUGCCCGUUCGUCUGUUUGUCCCCGUUCGUAUGAAUGGCUGGUUUCUAUAGCCCAGCCAUUCGAAUGACUCUUUUUCCCGAACAAAUCUGCCGAACGAACGGCCACCCAAGUGAGGAGUGUGCUGCAGGUUAACGAAGUGAUCACCAUUAUAACGUUGUGGUUAACCGCAGACACUUCUCAAUUAAACCGAACUCAGGGUGGUCGUCGUUCGUAUGUCGACCACGAGGCAGCGGCCAUUUUAAAUCAUGCGAACGCCCAGCGGUGUUUGGCUCUAUUUCUAUGGAACUGAAAACGGACACUUUUUCUGCCGAACACCGCUGAAACAAGGGAACGCCUGGCUGCCUCCACGAAAGCAUUUGAACACCGGCCGUUCGGGAGAUUGAGAGCAUACAAAAGACUUAACCCAGAUAGCCCUCCCAUGGAGUCAUUCGUAUACCGAAAGACUGUAAGAACUUUGACUCCAUGGCGAUUGAACUAUGUGUGUGGGAUCUGAGCGCUAUUCGCUAAUAUGCACUCAGAUCCAGGCUAUCUGGGGACAUGUAAUACGAAUGGGAAAUGUUCAGUUUUCAUGUACUUAUGCAUUUUUAUGUCUUUUAUUAUUUUAUGUUUAAAAUGGCGACUGUCCUUGUCCUGGAGUUAAUUGAGUUACUUGGUAAUUAACUCCAGGACAGAGGGGAGGGAAUCAGAAUGCACUGUGGGUAAGAGAUGUGACUGUGUGUCAGGAAUGUCCUUCUAUCUGUCUGUAAUUUAAGUCUUCCAUUUGGUCCCCUAGGGGAGUGUCCACCAGGUGGGAGACCUGCAUAAAUACGGGCAGGUAGCCCACAGUAAAACCAGAUCUUAUUUGACCCUCAAUGCGGAGCUUCUGUCUCGUUAUUGGGGGGAUUUCUUCUUCACGGUUAGAGACUGCUGGAUGGAACUUAAGCCGCUUUGGGGAUAUUAUUGUUCGACGGUUCCUAGCAGUUCGUAUAUUGCCGUUCGGGAGUUUGGAGCCGUUCGUGGAUUUCGAUCGGGAGAUUGUCGCUUCCCCUGCAUUUGGUUCGUGGGUUACAGAGUAAGCGAACAGAGACUGUACUGCAGCCGGGGAAGGUUUACUAAACGGCGGUUUGGCUUAAAGACACGGGAGGUGUCUUAACAAUGGGCAGUUAUUUUGCGCCUUGGUUUUUCCACACGCUUCUUGCGACCCUGUUGACUAUUUUGAAUGAAACGCUUGAUUGUUCGAUGAUCACGCUUCAGAAGCUUUGCAAUUUUAAGAGUGCUGCAUCCCUCUGCAAGAUAUCUCACUAUUUUUGACUUUUCUGACCCAUUUUGCCAAAGGAAAGGAAUUAUGCACACCUGAUAUAGGGUGUUGAUGUCAUUAGACCACACCCCUUCUCAUUACAGAGAUGCACAUCACCUAAUAUGCUUAAUUGGUAGUAGGCUUUCAAGCCUAUACAGCUUGGAGUAAGACAACAUGCAUAAAGAGGAUGAUGUGGUCAAAAUACUCAUUUGUCUAAUAAUUCUGCACUCCCUGUAUAUAUACACACACACAUAUAUAUAUAUAGAUAUACACACACACACACACAUACAUACAUACACUGCUGUGUGUGUGCUGCGUGAGGGUGGUUUGAGGGUGUUGUGUGUGUAAGGGUGCUGUGUGUGUGUGUUUGUGUGUAAGGGUGCCUUGUGUGAGGGUGCUGUUAGUGUGAUGUGUGUUUGAGGGUGCUGUUUGUGUGCUGUGUGUGUGUGAGGGUGUUUGUGUGUGUGUUUGUUAGGGUCCUGUUAGUGUGCUGUGUGUGUGAGGGUGCUGUGUGACACACACUAACAGAUACACACACACACACACACACUAACAGACUCACACACACACACUAACACUAACAUACACACACACUAAGACACACACACUAACAUACACACACACUAACAGACACACACACUAACAGACACACACACUAACACUAACAGACACACACUAACAGACACACACUAACAGACACACACACACUAACAAACACACACACUAACAGACACACACACUAACACUAACAGACACACACACUAACAUAGACACACUAAAACACACACACUAACAUACACACACACUAAGACACACACUAACAUACACACACACUAACAGACACACACACUAACAGACACACACACACAGACACACACUAACAGACACACACACACACACUAACACACUCACUUGUGUUUUUUUUAUUUAACCCCCCCCCCCAGCCUCCUUACCUUUGGGAAUACUGGGGGGGUUCUUCCUCUCCCUGGGGUCCUGUGGCUGCAGGGUGGGCGGCGCUGGGCGGGCAGGAGGGCGGCGAGGGAGCUCUUUCCCUGAGCGCUCUGCUCAGCUCCCUCGCGCGCCGCCAGCAGAGUGAGGCCGGGAGCCGGAAGAUGACGCUCACCCAGCGCCGCCCGCCCAGCAUGUCUGUUAGCCGCGAGGCUAACAAGGCAUUUGCCCUGGGCAUUUGGGGGCGGCUUUUUUGCCUUGUUUUAAAUGCCUUGUUUGCCUCGCGGCUAAUACGCCCCUGAUGUGUGUGCUGUGUGUGUGUGUGUGCUGUAUGUGUGUGGUGUGUGUGGGUGAUUGUGGGGGUGGAGGUGGGGGUACAUUACUUAGUAUCCCCCCUCCCUUCUUACCUUAUGUAGGGAGGGGGGAUUCUUGUUCCUGCUGCUUUCCCUGGUGGUCCAGUGGAGAGUGAACCGGUCUUACUCCAUAGGUGUGCCACGGGGAUUAGGGUGUGCCCAGGCACACCCCGUGCGCACACUUAUGAUCACAUCUGGUACAUGAUAUGUCUGGAACGGAUUAAUUAAAUUUCCAUUAAUUCCUAAGGGGAAUUUGAACAGCCUUCUGGAACGGAUUAAGUUCAAGUUCCGAGGUUCCACUGUAUUUCUGAAAGGAGGUGUGGCUAAGGGAAAGGAUUAUGGUGCCGUAAAUUGCAAAACUGUUUUUUGUUUUGUUUUUUUACAAAAACUAAAGAGAAUUAAACAUGCAAACAAAUAUAAUACGAUUAUAAUGUCAAAAGUUAUUAAGUCCCCAGAGAGCCCCUUUAACUGAUUUCCCGUAAUGUAAUAAAAAAAUUUAUAUCACCCCUGAUUUGCUGCUGAACAUGAUGAUUAAAAGAUUGUAUUUGGUUCUUUUAAAUGUCAAACUUUGCUUGUAUUUACCUGUGAGGUGUAGUGCCACAGGGGACCUGCGUGGGGGGCUCGACCUCUUCAGAUGACGGCUGUACCUUUUUCUCACUUUCUUUCAUAGCUAUACUUGCUCUACUCCUACUGUCUCACAUUAUAGGCCCUUCCCUAAUUUACUUGGUGUUGGAUCGGUGUCAACGCUAUGGGGGGGGAAGGGCACCAUGUUCUCAGAGAAUAUUAUGCCCUUUUUGUGACUGAUUAAGAGACGUAUGGCAGUCCUACAUGCAAUGUUACCAUUUACUGAAUACUAGUAUAGUAAUCGAUAAUACAAGAUGCAAGAUAAUAGAAUGUGGAAUGUUACAUAGCAAAAAUACAUUUACCAGUAACCUAAGUUUUAUGACGAGAGGCCUGCGCGCUUUCUCUUGUGCAUUUUAUGUACGUCCUUUUCUGUAAAAUUCUGUAAGAUUAAAAAAAAAAAACAACUUUACUUGUAUUUAAAACAUUGUGAAAUAAAUAUUGCACAAGGAGUACUGUAAGUCUUAAUAAAGCCAAUGCACCACUUACACUAGAAAAUGAUAUUAAUAAGACAAUUACAAUGCAAAGAGUUUAAAGUUUUAUUUCUUUUUUUACAUUACCUUUCUCUUUUUAUUUUGUGACUUGAGAGAAUUGUAAUGGCUUACAAUAAAAUUGCUUUCAAUUUCUGUGUUUGUUUUUAAAGAAUUCUACACCAGAGAAACAAAAGGGUAGUAAACAAAGCUCUACAGUCUGUAAACUACUAAAUGGAUUACGAAUUUCAUUGGAGAAUUUAAUGAUAUAGUCUAAGGAAAGUUAGAGUAAUGAAAAUAUUAAAGCAAAGAGAUCAUUAAAACUUUCUUAAUUUGACCAAACAUACAAUGAAGAUAGAUAUUGACUUUUUUUUUUUGGUCAUUUUUUGCUGUAUGUACUGCUGUUUAAUUGCCUCCAAACAAAUUCUAUUUACCCUGCGUUUUCUCCCAACCCUGCUGAAUAAAGUAAUGAAAACUGCUUCACAUUUUCUGUACACGACAGAAGUUGCAGAGAUAGAUACAAUGUUGCUGUCUAGACAAUGUGAUUAUUCUAGUCUAUUUUUUAUCAGCAGGGGAGUAGAAUAAAAAAAAAGAGAGAAACUAUUACAACUGAAUAGUCCGAUUCAGAAAUGAAUGCAUAAAGUAGAGACUCUGGAAUCUCAGAAAAGCGAUAAAUAUUCUGAGCUAUUAAUAUUAUUAAAAGCUAACACUGCAGGUUCCCAUUCCAUGCCUGGAUCAGAUGUCAUUGGUGAUGGACUUUAUAGGAUUCACAGAUUUGUUAAACCUACUUUACUGUACAUGUGGGAGAUAUCAGAUGUUUUUUUUUUUUUUAAAGCGGCUCUGUCACCCCAAACUUACCUUUCUCCUAUCAUUCCCUCUUCUUGUCCUCUCUCUGCAUCUAUUUUGCAUUCUUCCCAUCUUUUUUUCUCUCGUAAAACAUAUGAUAUAUUGACAAAGGGUGGAGCCUAAGGCAUGUUCUACUUCCUUUGUCAAGAUUUGUCAAGUCCCAUUAUACCCCCAAAGUUCCCCACCUCCCUGUUUCGUCAUUCAUCCACAAUUACUAUCCUCUGUCCUUCCUUUCCUGAGCACCGUGUAUGUCCAGCACAGUUGCCUUUGCCCCUCUGGUUCCUGUUCAUGCACGGCAAUUAGCAUUUUCAUUACACUGAAGCAAUUCUUGCAAUGUAAAAAACUAAUUAAAGUAAUAGUGCUUGGAUACUCCCAAUGCAUUUCAAAUAUCUGCUCUAUAUCAAAUAAACAUUAUUAUUAAAGGGACAUUGAUAUCAAAAUCUCCUCAAAUGUAUACUUCCUUCUGAUCACCUCCAAAAGGGCAUCUAAAGUUAGGAGGCGGGUGUGCUCCAAAAUGCAUGUUCCAGGUGUGCCCCCAAUUCCCUUUUUUUCUAUGAAACUCCAACCAAGUCAAAAGAUAAACUAUGACUUUGUUUUAGUAUUUUUUUUGUACUCUUGACAAAAUGUAGAGCUAUCUUUUGUCAAUGUGGUUGAGAUUGGAGGUCUUAGAUUUGGAGUUGAUAGUAUGGCUAUAGAUACCACUCUACUGGAGAUAACAGGGCUCUCACAAAAAAAAACAAAAAAAACAAAACAAAAUGAGAGUAAGGUAUUAGAUAUAAUCUAAUGGGUAUCCAGGAGUAGUAAAUGAUAUAUACCUUUAAGAGUAAGCGCAGUAUUCCAUAAAUGGGUGAAAUAAAUAUAUAUACAAAUAUCUGUGGUGCUGGCACUCUAUCACUUAGCGGUGCAGGUAUUAGAGGUUCAUCCCCAAUCAAAACCUCAUAAUAUAUAUAUAUAUAAAUACCGCACUCGAAUGCAUCUAUUAUGCAUACAUCAAGAAAAAAUUUGGAGAGUCAAUAUAUAGGUAUGCAAUAAUGCAAUUCAUUUAUUAUACACCAAGUGUGUGCCAUUCAUGUGAAUAGAACAAGACCUCUCAUAUAAAUCAAUAAUCUCUCAUACUUUGGAGAAUUAAUAAUUUCUAAAAAAAAUUGGUAUUAAAAUAUAAAUACCGGGAAUUUAUAGUAUAUACACACAUCUACAACCACCAAUCCUGUGUAAUUUAUGCAAAUAUAUAUAUAUCCUAUAGACUCCUAUAAUAGUUAAUUAAUUCAUAUAUUGUACACUUAGCUGAAAUUAAUGAUAUAUACACAAAUCUACAACUAUUUACAACUAUAUACAGUUCAUAUUCCCCAUGUGUAUGGGACAGUGAUUUCGUAGGUAGAUCCUCUAAUCAAUAAUUGUAAUGUUGAUUAUGCACUGUGAUUUCCAAUCACAGAAAGCUGGAAGCAUAAAAAUAAAAAUAGAAAAAUGGUGAAAAAAAUCAAUACUGAAGAUUGGUGGUUGUAGAUUUGUGUAUAUACUGAAUGAAUUCCCGGUAUUUGUAUUAUAUAUGAAUUUAUUUAGAAAUUAUUAAUUCUCCAAAGUAUGAGAGAUUAUUGAUUUAUAUGAGAGGUCUUGUUCUAUUCACAUGAAUGACACACAAUUGGUGUAUAAUAAAUUAAUUGCAUACCUAUACAUUGACUCUCCACAUUUUUUCUUGAUAUAUGCAUAAUAGAUGCAUUCGAGUGCGGUAUUUGUAUUGAAUUUUUUAAAAUAUAUAUAAAACCAAAUAUAACUUCAUAAAACUUAGUAAAACUGAAUACAAUUCUAUUAGAAUACUAAUGUAAAAGUCCCAGUGUUUUCAAUAGUUGUAGUCUGUUUGAUACAAAUAUGAAAAUAAUAUGUUGAUACAGUUUAUGCAGUAUUAGCUAGUAUCAGUUAGCUCCAGCUAUUGGACCAGCUGGAGUUUAUCUACUGAAUGAGCUAUUUGUAUAUAGGACAAUAACAGUGAUAUCUUCUUAAAAUGUUGUGGUAUCAAUGAUAUGUACACUGCAUAUAAUGUAAUGGACUUUAAGAUCAUAUAUGAGGAUCUUAAGUUAUGGAUAUUUCCUCUGUACUACAAAGAAAUAAAGUGGAGAUCCAUAGUGUUUACUGAGUGCUUUAAUAAAAUUGCUAAAUUAAAAUGCACUCACAAUUUGCAGAAUUCUACCAAUUGUUUGUGGAAAGGUGUGUUGUUGGGGGUCGCAGUUAUCAUGGUCCUGCAGUUCGGCCGAUAGAUGAAACAACUGUAUGGUGCCGCGUGCGUGUCACUGAUCACCCCUUCUGCAUUCCAAAUGCAACUCCGUAGUAGUUUGCGGCAAGUGCCGAAAAGUGUCCUUGUCCUAUCUUUUGUCAAGCCCUUAGCCGUUUUUGGGGAAAAGGCUUUAUUUAUUGAGGAUCUCGUCGAAUCCUCCAUAGACCUCAGUGUUGUGCUCUCGCGUAUGUGCAAAUGUACAACUCUGUAGUCGGCUCCUGGCAGCUGAAGCGCCUGGAGCUGAAGAGCACCAUUUGGAAGAAUAUGGUGAUGACUGCGAGAGGAUGGUUCAAUCAAGUAAAUCUCCCAUCACUUCUUGGCCACCGCACUACCUGUGCAUCAGUGACCAUCGGGGGUCUUUGCAAUUAAGAUUGUGAUAGAGCUGCUUUAAUAUCCAUUUAAUUUACCCAUAUUUAUUUAUUGAUGAAUUAACUUUAAUUAACUGAUUGCCUUUUUAUGUUUGUAAUGUACACAUUGAUUGAUUGUACCAUAAACACAUUGAAUGACUUUGUAUAUACCUGUCUAUAUUUUUAUUGUUUCCAAGAUUGUAUUUUAAAAGUGAGUUUAACUUAUUGAGUGUAUUUUGUUAUAGAGGAGUACAUUGAAAAGAAUGGAUAUCCCGCAUACACAACAUCGUGUGCUUGGUUAGGUUACUCAGACGAACAGCUACAAAAGGUGAGAAUCUAGCUGGUUCAUUCAGAUAUGGUGCCAGAUUGCAGUGAUAUAUCUUUUAGAAAUGACAUUAUUCUAUAUGCAAUAAUCUAGAUAUACAUUUCAUAUUACAGGGUGCAACCUCAAACACUGCAUUCUACUCUGGCUAUCACAUUUCUUUAUUUUAUGCUAAAUAAGGAAUCUGUAUCUGAGAAUAUCAUUGUGUGUAAGUUAUAGUACCUAAAACUCUAAAAUCAUUCUCGUGACACAGCAGUUGUAUUCUGAGGUCAAUCUCUAGACAUGACUAAGACAAAUCUAUUUCUAGCAUGCUAACUCACCUAAAUAUCAAAGCUUGACUACGAUAUUGGUAAUAUGAAUUCUCAACAAUCAGUUAUAUUGUAUAAUUCAAUUUUAACUGGUACUUAUUUGGAUGGAUUAAUAAAAGUGAGAAGUGAAAUCCUAAUCGCAUUCCAAUAUAAAAGACCAACUGAAAAAAAAACCAUUAUAUAGUUGUUCCAUUUUUUUUUUAUAUACACAUAUUUAUAUUUAAGAAUGAAUCACUUCACAGUGAGUUUAGCCUUUAAAGCUUUGUUUUUGAACUCUGUAAGAUCUGUGCCCCCAUCCUUCUUUACACUCUGCUGUGCAUCAUCACCCGUGCAUUAAUAACUCCCUUGUCAAAGCAGUAUCAUUGCAUUUACUCACUAAAAAGAUUUUUUUUUUACGAGUUGAAAACUGAGGUGGGGAGCAUGGAAUCUCUAUUCUAUACUCUACCCUUCAACACCAAAGUAAAUCCCCCACCCCGGCAUACUUCAGUCAUUUGGACUUAAAUACCUCUUGACAAACCACAGCUCCCUGUCCAGCAAAAUGCAAUAAUCUGCAUACAAGCUGUUGUCUACGUGGUACAGAACUCGACAGAUUCUUUGCAGGUUUGAUCCCUCUCAGGAUAGUAGAUGUUGUAGAUGCCAUGAUGCACUGGACACUUUCCCACAAAAAUUGAAAUAGAUACAUGACAUAAUUAAAUGAUUUCCAGGUCAACCUCAACCAUUUUAACCGGUGUCAUUCCUCCUCCACAAAACCUCAGUGGUGACUUCUGAUAAAAGAAAAAAAAAUGACUACCAGCAUCUUGAACACCGCUAAAAAUUCAUUUUCCAUAAUGUGGCGCAAGUCUGACACACACUACAUACAACUCUGGUUCUCCAGAAAGGAGGAACUCAGAGCGAUAGAGGAGCUCACAUUUAGUGCUUCGGGCCGUACACAAACGUAUAUAACACUUACAACUGAAUACCAAGCACCAAGGGACUGUAGACACUUAGCAAGGACAGCCUUUGUCAAGACAUUGUUUAGGAGAUGAAGCCCAAGAUGCAGAAAAACUCAAUCAGGAGCGCAGUACAAAAAUGGUCAAAAUGAAGAUUAGUCAGGAGCCAAGCAGGAAUCAAAUAUCAGGGAAUCAAACAGGACAGGCACUGUAGGUAUUAUUAAUGCAACAGGAGCACAGUAUAACUGAGCAAAGAGUCAAGGGUCUAGGGAGAGGGGGCAUGUCCACUUACUGUAGCUCCACCUUCAUUGACACCCCCUUCCCUGGUUUCCACCUACUGUCUCUAUACAAGACUUUGCUUCAGCACGCGCCUUAGGAUUUCCCCGAAGCCCUGGAUUCUGUCUAUCUGCGUUCGGGAGGCAAUAGUAUCUGGAGGAUGGUAAGUGGCCAUUGUGCUCCGGCGUGAAGUCUCCAUGGAGGGAGAGGGGGAUGCGGCGCGUGUGCACGGAGGUAGAUAAGCCGGUGAGUGGUGACCUGACAGCCUUGGAGUUUGAGCUACUUUACAGGGUGGGUUGGACAUAUAGGGACCAUUGCCCUUCUUCUUAAUCUUCUUUUUCCUACUGUUCUAUUUGUACGCGGAACUUAUUAUUUUUUCAGCAAAUACUUAACCCCUUAAGGACCAAACUUCUGGAAUAAAAGGGAAUCAUGACAUGUCACACAUGUCAUGUGUCCUUAAGGGGUUAAACACACAUUCCCCGGAUGGGAAGCACCCAUACAUAGACCGAUCCCUAAAUGUUUUAUGCCAAGGUCCAUUGACAAGCCUCUGAGUGUCUACCAUCUUGAAUAGGUUUAUCUUAUUGUUAUAUACCUUGGUAGAACUGUGACCUGUAAAUCUCACUAAGUUUAUAUCUAUGCAAUAUAAUUCAUCUUCUUUUCAGAGACUGUGUUGCUUAUUUUGUAUGUUCUUUCUAUUGAAAAAUACUCUUAAUGAAUAAAUAUUUGCAAAAAAAAAAAAGAAAACUGCUUGCGGGCUUCCACCACAGAGUACCUGGAGGUGCAUUAGUUCCCAUGCUUUUCUUUCCCCAAGAGUGCCACACCACUUUACUUUAUAUAUAUAUAUUAAUGUCUGCUCGAUUGAGCAGGGCUUUUAGCACCAUCUGCUCCUCUGCGUCCAACUUGUCUUGUUGCAACUACUCGUUUUUUAGUCCACCUAUUGUACAGAGCUGUGGUAUUUGUUGCUGCUUUAUUAAUAAUAAUAAUAUCGGAUUUUAAUGGGAAAAGUAUUCCUUGUUAGCUUUAUAAUGAAGUUAUAUCAAACUCUGUGGCUGAAUUAUGAUCCAUAACGAAGGGAUACAUUGCAAAAUGAAUUACUAAUCAAUUACUCAGCAGUUUAUAUUACUGGAAUUAAUAUGUGUUUGUGAGUGAAGACUUCCCUAAUGAACUAUCAAAACGAUUGUAUUGUCUUGAUAAAUGCUUUAUAAUAUUGUGUAUCUGGAUUAAGCAAGGAUUCAUACUGACUAUUUCCAGAUUUUUUUUACAUUUAUUGAAGAGACAUUUUCACUGCAAUGCAGAAGGUUUUCAUAGUGUACAACAACAGCUGGACAUAAAUUGAUAAAUUGCCUUACUUCAUAACUAAAUGCUUUAUUGGCACAAAACUCACUAUCCCUUUAGCAGUUUGUUGGGAUUACUCUCAUUAUCAAUAUUAUUAUCUCUUUAGUUAUGUACCAAUGCACUGAAGGAUGGUUGGACGAGGUGAGUCAAAUAUGAGUAUUUUGAAUUAUUCAAGUACACUGCAUUUUGGUUCCUCUUUGUACUCUGAAAAGUUCUGUUGUGUGUUACCUGUAUAUCGUGUAUGUGUAUAUAUAUAUAUAUAUAUAUAUAUAUAUAUAUAUAUAUAUAUAUAUAUAUAUAUAUAUAAAUGACCAUAAAAAAGUCUACCUCAGACAUGGCAUCCCAAAUAGAUAGUGAUUCACUGUUCUCCAAAAAUGUUAUACCUAACAGGUAUAUAUGUAUAGACAGUUUACUUUAACCGCAGCUAUUAAACCGCUUGACUUUAAGAUUUCAACCUUAAAGGACCACUAUAGUGCCAGGAAAACAUACUCGUUUUCCUGGCACUAUAGUGCCCUGAGGUUGCCCCCACCCUCAGGGUCCCCCUCCCGCCCGGCUCUGGAAGGGGGAAAGGGGUUAAAACUUACCUUUUUCCAGCGCUGGGAGGAGCUCUCCUCCUCCGAUCCUCCUCCUCUCCUCACUGUCGGCUGAAUGCGCACGCGCGGCAAGAGCUGUGCGCGCAUUCAGCCGGUCACAUAGGAAAGCAUUUACAAUCACAGCAUGAAAAUCACAGUGAGAAGCACGCAAGCGCCUCUAGUGGCUGUCAAUGAGACAGCCACUAGAGGAAAUAGGGGAAGGCUUAACCCAUUCAUAAACAUAGCAGUUUCUCUGAAACUGCUGUGUUUAUGAAAAAAUGGGUUAACCCUAGCUGGACCUGGCACAAAGACCACUUCAUUAAGCUGAAGUGGUCUGGGUGCCUAGAGUGAUCCUUUAAAUUGAAAAGAGACAUGCAAUGAGGUCACAGAAAGGGACACAAAGAGAGAUUAUGGAAAGGGAUACAUAAUGAGAAAAUGGAGGUGGGUGAACAAGGGGCCAUGGAGAGGAGCACACAGUGAUAUAACUUUCAAAAAAAAUUCCAAAUGGACAAGGGUGUGAGUUUGGGUGUGGCCAGGGGUGAGGCUGUUCUGAGACAUUUUAGGUGAUUUACUAAUAACAGUUUAUGCAACUAAAAUGUAAUUUUAGAACAAGAACAAUGUACAUUAUUUACACAGACUGAUUUCUAAACACAUUUAUUGCAGUAGACACAUUACUGUGAGUAUUAUAGCUGUGGAGCUCUGUUAUACACUCAAACACACCAACAAUAUGGAGCUCCUAGAAAAGAGGGACAGAGGGAUUUGGGCCCAAAAUAGGGACUGCAUCUCCUAAAUAGGGAUCCUUGGGAGGUAUGCAAUGAAGACACAAUGUGGGGUUGGAGUGGGGCACAUAAAGGGGGGAUGGUUAUAGCCAUACGAGGGAGGAGAGCAAACAAUUGGGUACAGGUAAAUGAAGAGAGGUGCACAAGACAGGAUGGAGGAUGACACAUUCUGUACUUUCUGUCAGCAUUAACAGCCACUUUUGUCAUCUGUUUAAUUAUUAAAAUGUUUACUAAUUUCUGAACUACAUAUCUGAAGUCACUUCUGACCAAGGGUGUUUGAGAUAAGCUUACCAUUCCCUUUGUAAAUAAUUAGAGCACUAGGAUUGGCUCAUAUGUUUAAGCCAAUUCUUGAUUUGAUAAUCCCUAACCUAAGGAAGUCUAAUUUUAUGAAAUGUAUUUAUUUUUUUGUAUUUUUAUAAUUCAUUAUCUAUAUAAUGCAUUGAAAAAAUGACAAUCAAAAAAAUUGUACGUUUCUUUUUUUUUUUUUGUAAUAAAUAAUAAUGGUAAGAUGAUAUGCUGGGGACGUGUGAAACUUAAAUUUUACACAGGGCACCCAAAGGUCUGAGGCCAGCCCCGUUUAAACCCACAAAUGUAUGAAAUAGCCAUCUCAAGUGUAUGAAAGUCAUUGUAAUAUAGAUAUUGCAAACUAUUUUUCAAGUGUUAUAUGGUCCUCUUCAUUAAACAGUGAAUCGUGUAGAGCAUUAGAGAAUGUUUAGUCACUAAACGUCCUUUAGAGAUGUAGUUUAUCUAUAAUAGUUAUUUUGGUCUAAAAUUUGCUAGUCAGUUAGCCAUUCACUAUGUAUAAUAGAAAUAAUCUGUGUCUGCAUGUUCAAGGUCCAAACUGUUAAUGUUUAUAUAAGCAGAAUGAGAACAAUUACCCUCACAGUCAUCACGUGUCCUUUCCAGUUUCUUACCCUGUGUACCAAAAUAUAUGGAGACAGGUUUAAUGUCAAGAUCUGUUGGUGUUGUUCAGCUUGUAAAACCAUGCAUAAUUCAUUUCUAUAUCUGUAAAUCUGUAUAUCUGCUGUAGUGGUUAUCCUCCUGUGAAGCAGGAUUUGUAACAUCCGGCUGCUACAGAACCGGCUGCUACAGAAGCUAGAUGCCAAUCCUGCCACUCAUUCAUUGGCUGAGAGUGUCAGCUGACUGCUCUGAGACAAUUAAUUAUAUUUUGUGCAUCAACAUUUGCACAGAACUCAUAUCAGCCAGCCUGGACUCAAUGACGCACCCCUGCCAGAGAUGGAGUAACACCUCUAGCAGCAAAGGGUUUAAACUUGGUAUGUCAAAGCGAAAUGCUGUACAUACAGACUCCGGACACAAUGACCACUUCAAAUUUUCCAAAGGUAGGGAGGCUGGGUGGACUUAUAUAAAAAUAAAAAAAUAAACUAUAAUUUGUGAGUGUGUGAGAGAAUAUAUGUCUAUCAGUUAGUGUGUGUUUUAAUUCAAUUGGUUUUAAUUCACCAGUUUUAAUUAGUCUGUGUGAAUUUGCCGGAAUGAAAUUCUCCGGAAAAUUUUGAAUUUUGCCGUGAAUGUAAUGCGCCAUCGAAUCUAAUGCACAUUCAAAUUUUGGAAACUUUGUUUUCCAGAAAAGGUGCGCAUAGAUUCGACUAAAUAUGGUAUUUUUUCUGCCAUAAAUAUGGUGUCUUACAUAAAAGAUUAUUUAGGUUAUCACAGCAAGCUACCUUGAAAAGUAAAUUUAUUUAUGCUAUAAGUAGAUAGGAGCCAUCCAAACACCCAUAAAACCCUCUAUUAUAUUAAUUUUAUCAAUGUUUAAAAGGAACACUCUAAGCACAAAAACUACUUCAUUGCUUAAUGACCAUGCUUCUGCAGUCUCACAGCUCAAUUCUCUAACAUUUAGGAAUUAAAUCACUUUUGUUUCUGUUUACGCAGUCCUAGCCACACCUCCUCUGGCUGUGACUCGCACAGCCUACAUUGGAAAAAAAAUGGUACUUCUCCGUAAAAGAUUAAGAAACACUGGUGUACAGCAAUGCAGUGUGACACUGAAACACUGCUUGUCUUAGUAGCCACACUGACUAUUGCACUUUUUGGAUGAUGACACAAAACUAUAUUUUUAACUCACUCUUUUUCAUCUAAUUUUAUGGUUCAUUCAACUGAAUUUCUCAGGUUCAAAGUAAAAGUUGGAGCAGAUUUAGAAGACGACAAGAGAAGAUGUAAGCUCAUCAGAAGCAUGAUUGGUCCUGACAACCAAAUGGUAAAUAUGAAUGAAAGAUCAAAAAUGUCUCUCUCUCAGACUGUCAAUGGUGAUUAAAUGUUUUCUGUUUCAUCUGUUUUAAACGAUGCUUUGUAAGUCAAAAAAACUAAAUGAACAGGAUGAGAGAUGGUUGGUUCUUCCUUUUUGCUUGGGUGUGAUGUAGAUGCCCAUUGGAUUGUGCUAUUUGGUGUAAUUGGCCUUUUUUCCAUUUUGCUGUUGCAUAUUCUACAGCUGUGGAGGAAAAAGUAUAUGCACUGGUAUUUCUGUUUUAGCUACCAAUCUCAAAAUGCUAAGUUUCACACCCUACUGAAAUCUGCUAAACACAGUAUCCUUCAUAGUUUUCAAGCUGUUUAUUUACCCUUCUGACUAUACUAAUCAAUCACAUAGAAAGUUAAUUAAUACUAUUUAUUAAAUAACCAAAAUUAAUAAUUGUCAUAUGUAAUCAUGUAUCCAGCUACUAUCAAUUUAGAACUAAUCAUAGUAGAACUAAACACACAUGUUAUUUUUUUAUGAAGUAUUAGACUUUAUAAGUACUCCCUCUAUUUUAGAUGCUUGAUGCAAACCAGAGAUGGGAUGUGAAUGAAGCAGUCCAAUGUGUGUCUGAGUUGGCUUCAUUUAAACCUUUAUGGAUUGAGGAACCAACAUCACCAGAUGACAUCCUUGGUCAUGCAACAAUCUCAAAGGUAGAUCCUAGUACAGGCAUAGGCAACCUUUGGCACUGCAGAUGUUUUGGACUACACCUCCCAUGAUGCUUUGCCAGCAUUAUGGGUGUAAGACCAUUAUGGGAGAUGUAGUCCACAACAUCUGGAGUGCCGAAGGUUGCCUACCCUUGUCCUAGUUAGUUAAUUUCCAAUUAUGCUAAUUGCGAUUUUGGUAAGUAUUAAUUUUCUUUAUAUAAUUGCAAGUGACAUUUCUUUAUUCAAUCACCUCAGUAAAUGGCAUGGAAAUAAGAAUCAGUAUGAAUAUUCCAGUGUAGGCAAGUUAAAAACAUGUCAUUGCCCCAUGGUACUAAAAACUCACUUAUGUAUUCCUAACCCUAUAGUGUUAAAACCACCAUCUAGUCCACCUGCCCCCUCCCCCAUUGCUUCCCUAAAUAUAGUAAAAUCUUACGUGAAAUUAAGUCUGCAGCUGCUGUCUCUGCCCUGGAUCUGCCUGCUGUCUGCUGACAUAAUCAGAAGUGGUGGUUCGAGCCAAUCAUAAUGCUUCACCAUAGAAUUGGCUAAGACUGUCAAGGAGGCAGAUCAGGGGCAGGGCCAGCACAAGUCAAACAUAGCCCUGGCUAAUCAGCAUCUUGUCAUAUAGAUUACUUAAAUCAAUGCAUCUCUAUGAGGCAAAUUCAGUGUCUGCAUGCAGAGGGUGGAUACAUUGAAUGGCUCAGGAAGCACCUCUAGCAGCCAUCUGAGGAGUGGCCAGUGGAGUUAUCACUAGGCUCUAAUGUAAACACUGCAUUUCCUCUGAAAAGACUGUGUUUACUGCAAAAAGCCUGAAGGUAAUGAUUCUACUCACCAGAACAAAUACAAUAAGCUGUAGUUGUUCUGGUGACUAUAGUGUCCCUUUCAUUUGCAUGUUAUGCUCUGAGUGUGCCAGGACAGCAAAGUAUACAAUGUUUUGAAAAUAAUAAUUAUUGAGAAUUUAGAAAAAGAAAUAGCUAAACCACACCAAGGGGGGGGGGACUUUUUAUGUGUAAUAUGCCCUGUCAGGUACUAUGAAUUGAGUAGAAGUUUUGGGUACUUAGACUGUCCCACUUACUACUUUACAUUGUAGCAGACUGCCAUUUCUUCAGUGCUGUCACAUAAAAAGAUAUAAUAAAAUAUUUACAAAAAUGUGAGGGGUGUACUCACUUUUGUAAGAUACUGUAUGUGUGUGUGUGUUUUUAUAUAUAUAUAUAUAUAUAUAUAUAUAUAUAUAUAUAUAUAUACCCUCAGGGGUCAAAACUUCAGUCAAUUUACAGAUGUAAUUGUUCUUCACCUUUUGGAUUAAAAUCACCAUUUAAAAAUGUUUCAAGUCCUGUGAGUGCACCCGUUAUUAAUAUUGAAUGUUUUAUAUAUAUAUACACACACACAUUAGAAUGUUCCUUUAUAGUAAACUAAAUGGGAGAUAUUGUUCCAGAAAGGGUCACACGAUGAAAGAAGGCAAUAAUUGCUAAGCGUACUGUGGGUUUGACUGCAACGCCCAAAGGCCUAAUUACAUUUUGAGUGAACGACUGUUUACAUCUCAGCAUUAUUCAUUACUUCAAAUAGCACAAACAAAUAAUUAUUUCUCACCAGCAAAUUGCCAGGUUUAACAUUUGUAGUCUUGUAAAAGACAUGUGUGGCCUGUAAUCAGUAAUUUAUCUCUUCAGAAUAAAUUAACACACAGGUGCCAAGGGCCUAGCAAAGGAAUGCAUUGCUCACUUUCUCAAAGGCUCAAGGGGUUAACCAGUGCAACUAAAUCUGAGCAAUGUUGCAAGUACUUCAAAAUCGAAGACUAAAAAUGGAGGCCCCUCUUUUACCUAGGAAAUGCCUUAAAAUAUAAUGUUAUUUAGAGUCAUAGAUAAUAAACCAAAUCACCCAGCAACAUAUUUAGUCUUGAAUUGUGAAUACAAGUAAGGGAUUAGGCCUCAUUAUCUUGCCCUACCAACCACCCCAACAGCAGGUUUUCUGAUUAUUAUUUUUUACUAUCUUAAGUGACUUUAUGCUCUGUUGGUGAAUAUUCAAAGGUUCAUCUUAUCAAUGAUACACAUAUACAAUCUCUGAAAGGCCUCUAGGCAAUCUCUGGCACUCCAGGUGUUGUGGACUACAUGUCCCAUAAUGCUCUUAAAGUCUGAACGAAGGCAAAGCAUCAGUGUAGAUGUAGUCCAAACAUCUGGAUUUCUUAUACUUUACUAUGUCUAUAUUAUAUUUGAGUGGCAGAAGAAUGUGUAUGAAAUAUUGAUAAUAGCAAACAGAUCACAAACUGAAUAUAUAUACCAAUGUGUACUUACCCAUGGUACUAUUGAACCAAACACAAUGUACUUAGUAAAUAUGCUAGACUUGCUCCCAAGUUUACUACAGGAUUUUAGGAGCUUGGACCUCUGGUAGUCCAACUCCUUUCUCCACUGCGGAUGCUAAUACUGUAGUGGAGUUUACAUUCUAUGCCUUCUGUCUGUUCUAGGUUAGAUGACUAAUGCCUACGAUGCUGUGGUGGCAAGGCAGAGAGAAUAAUUCUUUAAGUGAAUUAGGUGGAACAUCUUCAAAUUUAAUAGUAACUAAAUUAUUCUUAAACUGUAUCUACGUGGGCAGAGACGAAUUAUAUCAGUAUAGAAGGGAACCUUCUACCAUCCUAUAGAGUUAUAGCAGUGUGACAAAUGUCAGUGAGCACCCUAUAUAUUCUAUAGAACUGAAUAAUUUGAACCUGUAUUUUUUAUUUUUGUGUUAUGUUAUCAUUCAUAGUAUAGUUUGGCUCUGAAGAUUAAGUGUACAUUUUAUUUAAAAGCUUGAAAAUGCGUUCAAUUUCUGUUUCUAAAUUAGGCAUUAUCACCUUUAGGAAUUGGAGUCGCUACAGGAGAGCAAGUAAGUUUCCUAUGACAUUUACCAUAUUAAGGUGAACUGUGCGUGACUGCUGACAGGGUUUUAAUAUGUUAACAGAUUAUGGGACUAAAGCAUCAAAAAAGCUAACAGCUGCUGCCUAAGGGUCCAACAUUCAUCAAGGAGACUUCAAAUGCCUUUGUAGUUAGUGAAGUGGCAGACUGAAUUUACAUUUUUAUGAAUUUUGUUUUUGAUAUGAACAGGGCCGGAUUAACAUAGGGGCUGAUGAAGCUGCAGCUCCAGGCCCAGGCCCAUGGAAUAGGCCCAUUUAAAUAUUUUUUUAUUUUUUUUUUACACACUACUCUUAGGUUUGCCACCUGACUGAUAUUUUAAGACACAACCGUUAUUUGAGGCUGCCUGGCCAUGAGGGUAUUGCAGUAAUACCAGCAAAACAAAUGCAAAUAUUUUUUUCAGUAUAAACGGAUAUUACUCUGCAAUACCAGCACCGGCCAGUAGGGGUCACUGUGUAUGGAGAGAGGCAGGGAUAAGAAGUUACAGCAUAUCCCUCCCUGCCUAUCUCUACUCACUGAUAUGCAGGGGAGCAGCUACACAGCACAGAGAGUUCAGACAGCAGCUCGCAGCCUGCAGAGACAGAGUACAGCUCAGGGAAGUGAGGGGUGAGGGGAAAGGCAGUGACCCCAUUUCCCCCAGUGUUCCCAAAUGUCUCUGUGUCCCAAUGUCUCCCAGUGUCCCCAUGUCUGUAUCCACAAGUGCCUUCAUGCCUCCUAGUGUGCCCAUGUCUCUGUGUCCCCAUGUCUCUCAGUGUCCCCUAGUAUCCUAGUAACACGGGACACACUGAGACAUGGGGACACUGGGAGUUUAGGUGACUGGCCUUCCAAUUCUUUGGACACACAGACUGCUUCACUGGACACUGCUGUUAGGGAGUAUGGAUUUACUUGAAAGAUGAAAUCAUAAAUUAGAUAAAGAGAUUAGCAUAGAGUAUGUGUUUAGCUGCAUCCUUUGAGUUUCCCUCCAACACCAACUCCAUCAGAGACAUGACGAUUGAGAGGUAUGACUGUUUUUGUGUUUUUGGUCGAUAAGAUUCUGUAAUUAGGCCCCAAUCAUAAUUGUCAGCACCAGGCCCACUGGGCUCUUAAUCUGGCCCUGGACAUGAACACCUGAAAUAUAUUUGAUUCAGCGGUUUAUUUAGUGUAAUUUAAAUACCUUUGCUGUAGUAGAAUUGUGGCAUGACCUAAUGUUUCUUCCUCCCUCUCUCCUUGGAACUCAGACUGUUUGGAUGUGUAUGACUGUAUCACAGAGAUACACAGACAUUCUACAUCACCUGUGUUUAAAAUGCUUCACAUUUUCAUUGGCCCGAGCCCUACAUAUAGCUUCAGCAGCAUGCAAUGAACUUGUUUGAAAAUGUGUUACAUUCCAAUCAAACUCAAAAUGUCCACCACCUUUAGCCAUGAAGUCACUACUUCAUUAAUAAUAAUUAACUCUUUCUUCACUUCUGGAUUUUGGUGUAAAAAAUGUAUUAAAGCAUUGGUUCUUACUCCCUGGGUUGAGACCCAAAAUGUGUUAUUCAAUGUUAUUUCAGUGUGUCUCUGGGCAUAUUGUGUUCAUCAUUCCUUAGCUAAGUGUCCAUAAUAAAUAUUUUUACCGGAGCAAAAACGUUAAUGCCAGAAGUGUCUGAUGAACAUGUUUUGCAAAAUAAAUUUUGUUAUAGAAAUGUGCCUUUAAGCUAAUUCCAUUUUCAAAAUAUCUGUCCUUGUAAAAAAAAAAAAAAAUAAAAAAAAAAAAAGGUUGUGUCAGAUAUGAAGUAGUAUUUAUUAUAUAUGUUUUUCUUCGAGAUUUCCUGUUUGAAUCCAAGGUAGAUCAUGCUUUAAAUGUAAAACUUUGAUAUUUUAUACUUUUCUUCCUUAAAUUUGCAUUUUCUUUUUUCUGUCUGUUAGUGCCAUAACAGAGUAAUGUUUAAACAAUUUCUUCAAGCAAAUGCCCUACAAUAUCUCCAGAUCGAUAGCUGUAGAUUGGGAAGUGUGAAUGAAAACCUGGCAGUACUUCUCAUGGCAAAAAAAUUCAACAGUAAGAUCAUAUAAUAAUCCUUCAAAAUCAGAUUAAUUGAAAUUUAAAAGCGACUGUUGCAGUGGCGUACACACAAACCAUGUGGCCCCGGUGCGAAAAUGACUCGUGGGCCCCCCCUUCCCCUCCCUCUCCACACACACACAUAGACAGAUACAGACACACACAUAAAAACAAAUAGACAGGCACACAUAUAUACACACAGAUACAUACAUACAAACAGACAGACACACACACACAAGACCCACAUACAUAAAAAAACAGGCACACAUACACACAGGCAGAUACAGACAGACAUACACAAAUACAGACACACACACACACACAAGAUGCACAUACAAACAGACAAGCACACACACAUACAGGCAGACACACACAUACAGACAGACACACAUACAUACGAAGACAUACAAACAGGCAGACACACACAGACAUACAUACAGACACACAUACAUACAAACACAUACACACACACACACAAAAUGUUUACGUCACCCUCCUGUUUCUUACCUUUUAGGUGCAGGAGGGUGACUGGGGUGCAGUGGUGGCUCAGGUGGAUGGGAGUGAGAGUUCCUACUCUGACUCCCUCUGCAUCCUGACGUGCGGUCACUUCCUUCCAGCUUGUGAUGUCAUCACAGGGGGCCCGGUCGCGCUGUUAACAUGCCCAGCGCUGACCGGACCCCCUUAAAUCCAUAACCAUCGGGUGGCCCUGACAGCAUACACCCGAUGGACCCCUUAGACGGCGGCCUCGGUGGUUUGCAGAAGAUGAUGGCGGCUGAUACCCGGUCGCAGGGCGGCCGGACCCCCUGGAAUGGCGGGCACGGUCGCAGCUGCGACCCCUGCGAACGCAGUAUGUACGCCGCUGGACAGUUGCAUGUAGGAAAGAAACACGAAUAUAAAACACAUAGACAGAUGGGAAAAAAAUAUAAUGUUGAUUAGUAUUUUAUGAUAUAACUUAAUAACUUCAAUCAGUGUCCACUGGGUUUUUAUUAUUUCCUGAAUUUUAGCAAAUGUCAUGCAUUUUUGUAAUAAUGUCAAAUAAUCAACCAUAGAUUGCAUUGACCUGUAAUGCACAUGAUAUUCAAUGGAUGUCUGUAGAUGAUGAAUAGAAAGUGAAUUUGUUUGCAAAUGAUGUCCUGUAAGCUAUUAUUCAACCAUUUUCCAUGACUAUGGCAAAAUUUCAUACUAUAAACGGAAUGUGCCUUUGACCUGAGACAUGACAUUCUCAUCCAAAACACCACACAAUCUAUUUCUCCAAAAUUACCCCAGAUUAGGUUUUGAGAUUGAGACAACUCUGCACAGAUGUUAAAAAAAAUCAUAUAUAUUGGCUUGGCAGUUCUAUUUGGUACAUUUGAGCACAGUUUUGUAAGGAACUCAGCAGGUAAGUUGUUUCAAUCGUCUUGGAGAACGAACCACAGUUCUUUUGUAGAUUUUGACAUACUCAGUUGCAUCUGUCUCUUUAUUUUCUUCUUGCAGUGCUGUAUGCGCGUAGAUGCAGUGUGCACAGCAAUGCGAGAAUUAACCAAUUGACAUACUUUGACUGACAAAGUAUGUGAGUAAAAAAAAGAAAAGAAAAUGAUUUAAAAAAAUCUUUCUGCAAAAUGUAGGUCAUUUUUAAUUAGCUGUUUGGUUGUGGUAAAAGUGGGAAGUGACUGUUCCUUUUAUGUAAUGGGUGACUUUACAUAGCUAAGAAGUAUAGUAUAGAAAUUGGAGGUCAUAGUGGGAAAAUGUGUGCACAUUGAUACUCUGUGUGGGGGAAGGGACUAUGGCAGUACUGUAGCAGUAUUUACCUGGUCAGCACAGCAAUACGAUAUUUCCGUGCAAGACACAUGCGCUCAACUGAUGAACCAUUCACGCGGCCUGAAAUCUAGAAAUGCAAAGGCUGCUCACAUUCGAAGAGUGCUCUUAAAGGCACAGAGAGGGGGUCACAUCACUUCUGGUUUCAUGCGGACAAAGUUGAUCUGGAAUCCCCAUUCACACAUGUUUUGGGGUCGCAGGUGUGAAGUGGCCCAAAGUUAUUUUGCCCUAUCUACACUCCCUAUCAUGGAUUCUGUUCCUAGUAGCUGUUUAGUGCAUUCCUUGUUGCUAUCUGUUUUUUUCUUAUAUUGAACUUGGCUAGUUUGUGACUCUAUUUUCCUGGCUAUUUGAUUAUUCUGUCUCUCUGUUAUCCUGCCCUUGGCUUGUAUUUGACAAGGAUGUCUCUCUUUUGUACGUUAAGCCAGGCCACUCUCUAGGUCCAGUAAUAUGUCUGUUCUAUCUAGUCAGCUAUUGUUAUCCAAGAUUCUGCAUAUGUUAGGGAAUAUUCCUGUGACAAUUAUCAGUUUAUCACAGUUAAUCGUAUCAUAUAUCAUUUACAAUCCAAACAUUAAAGCAUGUUGCUGCAUUGAUGACCUGAUAAGCACUUUUUACUUUUUUCUAUGCAGUUCCUGUAUGUCCUCAUGCUGGUGGAGUUGGACUCUGUGAAUUGGUACAACAUUUGAUAAUAUUUGAUUAUAUUUCGGUUUCAGGAAGUCUGGAGAACAGGUUAGAGACAUUUUGUUAACAAACUAAAACAACAUAUCAAGACAAGGCUAUAACCUAUCCCCUAUUUUCCUUUAUUAAAUGCUAUGCAAAUAUGAGCACACACCCAAUGUAAUCUUUUGUUUGUCUUUGCCAGUGACUGCUGUGAAAACAUAGAAUAAGAUAUUCAUUCUUAUAGGAUUAUUCACUAAAUGAUGGAUUUUAAAGACUACUUAAAAUCACUUAUCUUAGAAAAUAAAUAUUGGGAUUUAUGUUAAAGGGAUUCUAUAGUGUUAGGAAUACAAAUCUGUAUUCCUUAUACUAUAGUUCCCUCUGCCUUCCCCCCUCUCAUGGAAAGGGUUUAACGAUUACCCAAUUACAGCUAUAUGUCCCUCGGUGCUGGGACGCAUACAUUGACUCAAUGCUUUCCUAUGACGAUUUUACUGACAAUGGAUGUCCUCAUGCGCUGCAUGAGGACAUCCAGUGUCAGGCUACGUAAAGUUGGUUAACCACCAGGAUUGCCUCUAGCAGCGGUUUUAUUGACAACCACUAGGGGCAAUCUUAGUCCUGAAAUGCAAUCAUUGCAGUUUUUUAACAACUGCCAUGAUUUAUAUUACAGGACUAACAGUGACAGGGGCACUGCACCCCACUUUAAUGAGCUGAAGUGGUCUAGGUGCCUUUAGUCUCCCUUUAAGCCCACCACUGUGUCACAGUACCCCAAUGUCAGUGGCUCCUACACUAAUAAUAACAUGGGAGAUUAACUAGCUAACUACUAACUACUACUAACUACUGCCAGGGCUAAAUGAACAUUAACUAAAGUGCAUUUAAUUAAUUCAAUAUAAGUGUGCAAAUGUGCUUCCAUUGGACAAAUAGUUGAUUUUUUUUUUUUUUUUUUAUCUGGGCCCAGAUUUGAAGCAUUAGGAUUUGGAUUUCAGCUGUCCAUCUGAAAUCCAAAUCUGAGUGAAGGUUUGUAGUCUGAAUUGCAAAUUCUGGACAUUGUGAAAUAAGUCAGAAUUAUGCAGCCAGUUGGUUUUGCUCCGUGUGCUGAUAGGCCAUUCGGACUUUAAUGAAUAACCAUCAAUUUACAAAGUAGGAGUAUUUUAGGCUUGUGCAGCAAUUUGCACUAUGGAACAUUUAAAGGAACACUCCCAUCCCAUUGCAGUUAAAGAGGCACUGUCACCAUCUGGGGAUUAUACAGAAUUUGCAAAGACCCCCAAAGGUGACAUCACCACUGUGGGUCUGGGGCCAAGAAGGCAUGAAAAGGUGAGUUCUACUUAUCCAUCUCUCACUGGCACAGCUGUUCUCCUCUGGUGGGUCCUCUUCAACAUUUGACGCUUCAGUGCCAGGAGCCGUCACCGAUGUAAUCUAGCGAAUGUGUGAGAGUACAGCAUUGAGGUCUGGAGGAUUCUACAAGAACCUCCAUAGGCAGAGCCAGUUACCUGCAGCCAUCACUGGUGGGAGGGGGGGGGGGGAAUUGGCACAUCUGGAUGGCAGUAGCUCAGCCCAGUGUAUAGCAGUAUCAGACAUAGGAAAUAUACAAAGAUAUUGACUAGGUUGGAAUUUCUGUCAGAUUUCAACACAGUCAAAAUGUGUAUAUCACAAAGAUUACGAAUGACUUUUUUUUCAUAACGAUGAAGGGGAUGACAGUGCUUAAGCUAUGGGGCAUGGAGUUCUCGGGCACAGUCUUACCUUACAAAGUUGUCACCUGGUGUUACAGCCUCCUCAGUUUUCCUAUGGCUGCUGCACUGUUCAGGAAAUUGCAUGCAGGUGUCACUCUCAGCCUAUCACCAGCCAACAAGGCAAACCUUCCUGAUCGUUGUGGUGGCCAGUGGAUGAGACCGAAGACACUGCUGCUAGCCUCCCGGGUGGGUGGGUACAGCUUUGUGGUUAAACUUAAGGAGCUAAGUGGGGAAAUAAGUGAACCUCUGUAUUUAAUUUUUCAAGAUUCUUUGUUUGCCUGGAAAUUAUAGACCUGUGACCUUAACUUCUGUAACUGGGAAAAUAUUUGAAGGGCUAUUAAGGGAUAAUAUUCAUUGGGAGGAACUUUGUUAUUAGCAAUAAUCAGCAUGGUUUUAUGAAACAUAGGUCAUGUCAAACUAAACUAAUUGCAUUCUAUGAAGAAGUAAGUAGAAGUAUAGAUCAGGGUGUUGCAGUGGAUGUGAUCUACUUGGAUUUUGCCAAGGCAUUUGAUAAGGUUCCUCACAAUAGGUUAGUCUUCAAACUAAAAUAAAUUGGUCUAGAUGAAUGUUCUUGGGUAGAACAUUGGCUUAAGGAUAGAGUACAACGAGUUGUCAUUAAUGGUAAAUUUUCAGGCUGGACAAAAGUGGAAAGUGGUGUCCCUCAGGGUUCUGUUUUGGGACCACUUCUAUUUAACAUAUUUAUAAAUGAUCUUGAAAUAGGCAUUGAAAGCCAUGUAUCAGUGUUUGCAGAUGACACAAAACUUUGUAAAGUAAUAAAAAUGUGAGCAGGAUAUUGCUUUGCUGCAAAGGGAUUUGGAUAGAUUGGGGGACUGGGCACUAAAAUGGCAGAUGAAAUUUAAUGUAGAGAAAUGCAAAGUUAUGCAUUUCUGGGUUAAGAAUGCACAAGCAAUUUACACCCUAAAUGGUAGUGAACUAGGGAUAACCACACACGAGAAGGAUUUGGGAAUUCUUAUAGACAACAAAUUAGGCAGCAAUAUGCAAUGUCAAUCUGCAGUUGCUAAGGCCAGUAAGGUUUUGUCAUGUAUAAAUAGGGGCAUAAAUUCUCGGGAUGAAAAUAUAAUUUUGCCUCUUUAUAAAUCGCUGGUAAGACCACACCUUGAAUAUGCUGUGCAAUUUUGGGCACCUGUUCUAAAGAAAGAUAUCAUGGCACUAGAAAAAGUCCAGAGACGAGCUACAAAAUUGAUAAAAGGAAUGGAGCAUUUUAGUUAUGAAGAGAGGUUAAAAAAAAUUAAAUCUGUUUAGUUUGGAAAAACGGCGCCUGAGAGGGGAUAUGAUAGCAUUAUACAAAUAUAUUCGGGGCCAGUACAAACCUUUAUCUGGAAAUCUAUUCAUAAACAGGGCUAUACAUAGGACACAAGGUCACACAUUUAGGCUGGAAGAAAGGAGAUCUCAUCUAAGGCAAAGAAAAGUUUUUUUUUUACAGUAAGAGCAGGAUAUGGAAUUCUCUGCCUGAAGAGGUGCUUUUGUCAGAGUCAUUACAGAUGUUUAAACUGCAAUUGGAUAAAUACUUGCAAAAACAUAACAUACAGGGAUAUAAUUUUUAAUUAGUGGGGUAAUAGCUGCUUGAUCCAAGGAGACAUCUGACUGCUAUUUUGGGGUCAAGAAGGAAUUUUUUUCCUAGUUUGUGGCAAAAUUGGAAACGCUUCAGACUAGGUCUUUUGCCUUUUUUUUGGAUCAACAGCAAAAACAUAGGUGAGGAAGGCUGAACUUGAUGGACGCAAGUCUCUUUUCAGCUAUGUAACUAUGUAACCAAAGGUGCCCAAAAGGUAGAUCCCCAGAUGUUUUAAAACUACAGCUUCCAUGAUGCUUUGUCAUUCUAGAGGCAUACAAAGCAUGAGAGUUGUAGUGGGCAGCCCUGGGUUUAACGGUUUGAAAAUGGUUUAACAUUUCAGCAACUCCAGCCUCUAUAGUGGUGUCAUUGAGAUGCAGUAUGGGAGCUUGAUUCACCAGUGUCCCUCUUGUAAAUUAACCCCAUAGUGUGUAAAUAUUUAAAAUUUAAAAUCACAGGAAGUUGAAAAGAAAACUGCAAAACGUGGAAUAAAAUAGCCCAUCUGGAAAACUAGUUGAUUUUCCCAGUUUGGUUAUAUUGAAUUUGCAAUUCCUUUGCCAGUUAUCCACAAUUCCAAGUAUAGUGACUAAACCCCUAAUUUACUAGUUUCCUUAAAUUGCUGUCAAAGCCUGUGUGUAUUUUUUCAGGAUGUGCGAGUAUGUGGAUCACCUCCAUGAACAUUUUAAAUAUCCAGUAUCCAUCCAUCAUGCUGCAUACAUGCCACCAAAAGUAAGUAGUAAUUAUAUGUUUAUCAUUCUGCCACACUGUUCAAAUCAAAAUGUACAUCAAAUCUUUUAUUUGCUUCUUAAUGCCUUCCUGGCAUAACUCGAGAGCACUGAAACUGGGAUGUGGACUUAUAACAGACAUCUUUUACUCCUUCAUAAUAAUUCUUCUGCUUAUGUUCCCGUCCUCACAAAAAAAUUGUAAAAUUGUAAUUAAUUAAACCUUUGGUCCAGUGAAAUUGUACAAGUUUAGACAACUAACAUGCCAGCUCGCAUUAGUUUCUAUCACUUCCUAUUGGAAUGCAUUCAGUUUAUUUUUUACUCUUUCUCCAAUGCAAUCCUGAUGAAGCCAACUGAGCAAUCUAAUUGCUUGGAGAAAAUACAUGUGUCCCCCACUAAAAUACUGACAGAGAAAGAGAUUUAUGGGAAACACAGUUCCUGGCCCAGGUUUCAAAGGGCUGUAAUACAGAACCAGUACCACCAGGGGUGCCCAACAAGUAGAUUCUUAGAUGUUGUAGAACUACCCAUGACGCUUUGCAUGCCUUUAGAAUGCUUUAGCAUCAUGGAAGAUGUAGUUCUACAACAUCUGGGGAUCUACCUUUUGGGUAUUUGUGUCAUUUGUAUACAGCCGCAUGUAGAAAUAAAAAUACUGCCACAGAAAAUAAUAGGUGUAUAAAACAUUACUGUUAGACAAGACAACACAUUCUGAAAGUUCCCUCUUGAUGCCAACAGUAAUUGUAGCUGUGUUAUAGAACCUUUUUGUUACUUUAUAAAAACAAAUUACGAUUGUUCCAUCAUGAUAUCUUAUUUUUAUGUGUAUUUUUUUUAAUCUUAGGAUCCUGGCUACUCCACUGAAAUGAAAGAAGAGUCUGUAUUACAGUAUCAGUUCCCAGAUGGAGAAGUUUGGCAUCAGUUAAUUAUUGAUAAAAAAGUUGAAGUCUAA